ACAGACCUCCCCAUAGCCAUGCUCAGAGGCAGCUACGGGGCAACUGGGACUGUCAGAAUGGUUUGGCAACUACUUGAAGGCUCCCUUUUAACAGAUAACUGAACUCACAAUUGAAGGUUCUCUACUUUCUCUCUAAAAGGGUCUUUUGAGCUGCUUUUCCUUUUCAGGCAAGAUCCGGAAGAUGCUGAGGUCUCCUGAAAUUGUAACAUGUGCAUUUUCUGUUCUGUUCUUGUGGAAGUGAAAAGAGCUUUCAUGUUUAGCCCUUUCUUUGGUGUUUAUUUGAGUUAUUCUGAGCCGUCAUGGGAAGAGACUGGCUUUUCUUGUUUUGGUUUGUGCAUUUUUCUUUAAGAAAUAGGAGGGUUGAGCAACAUGUACUGGCUAUUCUCUGACUUGGUUUUCUCCUGUUUUAAAAAAAAUAGUGGAUUUGCUGUUACAAGGGGUGUAACUUAAUAUGUUCAGGAAAUGAGAACUAGGAAGAAAAAGCUUGAGAAAUCACCAAAAUGGUGGUAGCACAGUCUCACUUCUCUGUUGUUGAGGAUUAAAGGAUGCUUAAUGGAGGUGGCACCAGUUACACAUCAAUACACAACUUACAGAGUUGAGUGUAGUGGCUCAUGCCUGUAAUCCCAGCACUUUGGGAGGCCAGGCAAGAUCACUUGAGGACAGGAGUUUGAGACCAACCUGGGCAACAUAGCGAGACUCCCCGACUCUACAAAAAAUAAAAAGCUGGAUGUGGUGGUGUGCACCUGUAGUCUCAAUUACUUGGGAGGCUGAAAGGGAUUGCUUGAGCCUAGGAGUUUGAGGCUGCAGUGAGCUAUGAUAGCCACUGCACUCUAAGCCUGAUUAACAGAUAGAGACUCUGUCUCUAAAACACACACACACACACACACACACCUCAUAGCCAUACAUUUAUGAUCUCUCAGCAAUUCAUAUACCAGAAUAAAAUCCAAGUUGAGGGAUAGGACCAUAUAAAAUGCAACUAGUGUCCAACCAGGUAAAAAUGUAAUUAGUGAAAUGUGACUAGUAAAAACAUAAUUGCAUUAUGAAGUGAUUCAUGAAAACCAGUGCUUUAUUACAAUCUGUCAUCUUAAAGAUCACAGUUGCAUGAAGUGGAAAUAAGCUAAGUAUUUUUGCUGCCUUGGAAAAGUAGUAAGAUUUCAUGCUCAAAGCACAUCAGAGUGGCCCAAGCACUUCUGCUUUCUUAGAAAUAAUCUAAUUACACACACUCCUGGCAGUACAGUCAUAGAAAAAGGCUAAUGGUGUUGCCUGUUAUUUCCAGAAAGAAUCUCAAUCCUUUUGUAGUUUAAUACCAUAGACAUUAAAUAGAGAAUUUACAUUUCUCAAAGGAGACGUUUGUGAAAUUAAUCCUGCUAUUUUGUUGGGGGCUUCCUUGAUACUUUGGGCUAUCCUGGGAUUGUCUAUAGUGAGCAUUAUGUCCAGCUGUUUUGAUAAAGCAAGGGUCUUGAGUAAUGUGCAGCGUGUUUCAGCAGUGAAGCUGACAGCAAAGGUGUAGCCAUUCGCAUUGUGAAAGCAUGAAGUUAAAUAUGCUGCCAAGCAGUAUCCUUUGACAUACAGAACCCAGUGGUUUUGAAAGUAGGGAAGGAGCAGUGCUGGGGAAAUCUGGAGUAAGAUUGCAGAGAAACUUCCAGGCCAACAGCAGAGCUUAAAACCUUCUGUAAAUCACCUGUAGACAAAGGAGGCAAGCUGAGCCCUUGUGUUCUUCGCAGUUGUAUUUCAGCUGUGAGAAAAAGAAACAAAUCAAGCAAUUAAUCUGAAAUAAAGGUGGGAUCUUAUUAGGGUAAAAUUCAUUAGUGAUAAUUACAGUGCAAGAAGUCAUAAAGCCAUUGCUGUUUCUAAUACAGAAACACACAAAUACAGUAAAAGUAAGGAUCAUGACACAAUGAAGUUCCCAUCAACGUUUAAUUUAUGUUAAUUGCCAGCAGAAAGGCCUCAAUUUACCAUAUUUAAUGCUCUUGAAAUAGUUCAGUCAGUUUAGUGUAUGGUGUUACUUUAUAACUUAAAACAGCUGUGCCUCCACCUCUGCCCUCCAACUCACGCUUUACUUGGUCUGGAUAAAAAAUGCAUUUGCUUUCAGAAAAUUCAGGCAGGAAAGUCAUUAUGUGAACCCAGAUAAUAUAAGAGAAAAAAGUCAACAGUACCUCUAGAGUUGUAUGCAUCUGUUUGCUAAAAAGAUGAUUUGAAUUCAGUAUAAUAGAUAACUAGGUUUUUCCUUUCUUUUUUUUUUUUUUUUUGAGAAGGAGUCUUGCUCUGUCGCCCAGGCUGGAGUGCAGUGGCGUGAUCUUGGCUCACUUCAACCUUUGUCUUCUGGGUUCAAGCGAUUCUCCUCCCUCAGCCUCCCACAUAGUUGGGAUUGCAGGCACGCGACACCACGCCUGGCUAAUUUUUGUAUUUUUAGCAGAGAUGGGGUUUCACCAUGUUGGCUAUGCUGGUCUCAAACUGCUGGCCUUGAGUGAUCCGCUGGCGGCUUCGGCUUCCCAAGGCGUUGGGAUUAUAGGCAUGUGCUACCACAUCCGGCCGAGAUUUCUUACUCUUGCAGCUUCUCUCCCCCUCCCCCCACCUGUUCUCUCCUGUUUUGUCUAUUUAAAAGGAUUUUGCUCUGUUGCACAAGCUGGAAUGCAGUGGUGAGGUCCCUGCUCACUGCAGCCUUGACCUCCCAGGCUCAAGCAAUUCUCCCCCCUCAGCCUCCCAAGUAGCUGAGACUACAGGCAUGCCACCACAUCUGGCCAAUUUUCAAAAUUUUUUCUAGAGAUGGCAUUUUGCCAUGUUACCCAGGCUGGUCUAGAACUUCCAGACUGAAGCGACCUGCCAGCCUUAACCUCCCAAAGUGCUGGGAUUACAAGUGUGAGCCACCACACCCAGCCUUAACUUUUUAUUAAAGUAAAAUUUACUUUAAAAGUGCACAAUUUCUAAGCACACAGCUUUAUGAAUUUUCACAUAUUAAGCCCACCCUUGUAACUAGCAUAUGUGGGUAUAUUUUUAAUUAAAAUACUUCAAAAUGGAAAUUUCUGGAAAAAAUAAAACACUUCAGGGUAUUUUCUGUGUAAGGAUAUAAUGUAUAUGUCAAAUGAUGUGUUUAUUAAUCUUUUGCACAUAAAAGACUUAUGAAAUUCCUGUAGGAAAACAAUCUAGGCCACUAGAUUAUUAUUUUUUACGGAAGGAGCUGCUCUUUAAAUACAGAUUUAGGGAAUUAGGUAAGUUUUUUGGUUAUGAGUAUCAUAUUUUGAGCAUUGGAUAGUUACUGGCAUAAAUGAUCAGUUAAAUUUGCAUUUAAGUACGCUAAACAUUUCUGUUGUAGGGAAACCUGGGACUUGUUUUCUCCCUCUGGUUGCAGUGGGUUACAGGGGGAGGACCUGCAUGGUGUGUGUAUGUGGGGGGUGUCAUCAGUUCACUGCACUCACUGCUCUUAAUUAUAGCACUCAGGAUGGUGCCUGUGGGUCCUGUGAGAGUGAGGUUCUAAUUCAGUUACUCCCAGGAGAGGCCCAUGGUCCCUGGACCCCUUAGAAUAGCAAAGCACUUUAUCACAUGGUGUCCCCUCUAGGAAGCCUUACGUGAGAACCUUCUUUGGAUAUGAGUACUAGGAAAGGGUUCUGUUUUCCUUGAAAAACUGGCAUGUGAUUUUUCUCUGUGGAUGACCUGUAUCCUGCCUGUCUACCCUCUGAUCUGCUGAGGGGUGCCCAGUCUGUGGCUCAGCAUUGAUACAUUUUCCUGGUCCUGAAUUUUGUGUAAGCUCUAGUUUUCCUAAUCCUGAUUAAUUCAGUUCCCCCGCAACCCCCAACUUUAUUAUGUUUAAGUGAUUUAAAUCUUCAGUGGAAUGACGGUAGGGAAGAAACUUGAACAAACUGACAAACUGAUUUUGUUAGACCCAAUAAGGAAAGGCCUAAAGAAGACAGUCAGUGAUCAGGAUGUGCCCUUAGAUGCAGGCUCCCUGAAAACAAUGGCCAUGCCAGCUGCUCAGUGAAUCAGGAGCAAUCUGCUUAAUAAGAAAAGGGAGACCAGGCUUGGUGGCUCACGUCUGUAAUCCCAGCGCUUAUGGCAGAGCACCUAAGGUCAGGAGUUUGAGACCAGCCUGGCCAACGUGGUGAAACCCCAUCUCUACCAAAAAUACAAAAAUUAGCUGAUCAUGGUGGCAGGCGCCUGUAAUCCUAGUAACUUGGGAGGCUGAGGCAGGAAAAUCUCUUGAACCUGCAAGGCAGAGGUUGCAAUGAGCUGAGGUUACACCACUGCACUUCAGCCUGGGUGACAAGAGCGAAACUCUGUCUCAAAAAAAAAGAAAAAAGAAAAGGGAGUGAAUUCUUUACAUUCUCAAGCCAAAAAGUGCAGAAAAAGUAAGCCUUCUCCACUCACCAUGCAAAUACUUGCAUACCCAGACCCUUUACCAACCUAGAUAGCACUGCAAAGGGGUGAGACCCUAUGUGGGUCUCAUGUGAAUGAGGACUGGCGUUGGCAGAGGCCCUGCAUGUGACACUGUCCUAAGUGUUUGCCAUGUGUCAUCUCCUCAGAGAAGUACAGCAGUGGGAGGUGAGUUCUAGUUGGCCCAGUGUUUUAGAGGAAACUGGUUGGGGGCACGGAGACAGGUUGAGUCAGGAGGGUGACUCAGGCUCUCUCCUGCCCACCGGAGCCCUUCCUGACCUGUGUGCAGGGUCCUUGUCAGAUGUGCUGUUCACACAUCCGGAACGAGUGACAGGUCUGAGGAAGGAGUUCAUUACUCCCCUAGAGUGGCCAUUUCAUGCUCCACCUUUGAUGUCCAGUGUAUGUGUUGCUAGCUUAUCGCUGGAUAGCUGCUGCUGCCUUUUUAAGUUUUGUGGAUAUUUCAAUCUAAAAGGAAGAGGCUGAGGCAACAUUAAUGUAAGUUUAUUUGGGCCAAGCUUAAGGACUGCAGCUGAGGAGCAUAGAUUCAGGUUAGUUACCCUGGACACACAGUCUGAUGAGCAGCAGUUACAGGUGGAUUUUUAUUGCAGCCUGGGUGGCAGAGCAAGAUCUCAUCUCAAAAAAGCAAACAAAUAAAUAUAAAUAAAGGCAAAAAGGGGGCAGGGAGUAGGCUGAUACAAAGUUGUUUUUGAGGAAUUCUCACUGGCCCACACAAAUAACAUUGAUAAGAGAUUGGUUGUACACCAUCAAGCUGUGGGGUGUGGGUUAAACUGUCCAGUGUGGCAUUAUUAGGUUAAUUUAUAGCUACUUGUGGCAACAGCAGGCAAUUUCAGAAGGUGAAUACAUGCCACAAGGGGGAAGUAGAAUGUGAUUAUUCUCUCAGUUAAAUGUUUCUCUGGGGCUAAUAAUUCAAAAGAACUCAGAUUCCUCAGAUAGGAAUUCUUUUCUCAUUUCCAUCCUCACAGGGGUUGCUUCUCUUUGAUGUCCUCUCUUGGCCCUCAUGUCUAUGGGGCAUGGGGUUUAUCAGGGUCCCUCUCCCCUCCUCCUAUUCCCUGGGCAUCCACACUCAGCCACCCCUCAACAUCCCUGGCAGCUGGCCAGCCUGACUCCUGUCUCCACUUUCCUGCAGCUUCCGGGGCCUCCCAGACCCUGGUCUCACCCUCCCCACAUGCUCCCCUCUGCAGAGGAGCUCUCUGCAGUGUCUCAGCCUCCCAGAGAGCCCUUCCUGCUUGCUUACUUUGGGGCUCUCUGACAUACCAUUUUAUUGGCUGGAAGUAUCACCUCCUGUCUGGAUUCUAGUAUCUGCUGUGAUUCUACUCAGAUUCCUUUUUACACAGGCUCUUCCUGGUACUUCCACCUGGAUAUGAGCUGUUCCUAUUCAAAUUUUUUUUUUUUUUUUGAGACAAGGUCUGUUGCUCAGGCUGGAGUGCAGUGGCACAAUCUCAGCUCACUUAGCACUGACCUCCUAGGUCAAGCGAUUUUCCCGCCUCAACCUCCCAAGUAACUGAGACCACGGGCACACAUCACCAUGAUUGGCUAAUUUUUCUAUUUUUUAUAGAGACGGGGUUUCACCAUGUUGCCCAGGGUGGUCUCAAACUCCUAGGCUGAAGCUACCUGUCUGCCUCAGCCUUGGAGAGUGCUGUGAUUACUAGUGUGGGAUACCAGAAAUCCCCCCCCCCCCCCCCCCGCUAUCUCAGGUUUAUUUGUGUAAAUAGCACAGGAGGACCCCAGCCCCAUGGAGAUGGCAGCCCCAGGGGGUCGCACCAGUCCUUCUGUCUUCACGUUGGCAGACAGAGAUCUCUACUCUGAAGCCUUUGUAGGGGCCUGGGCACCUUUUGGGAGCCUGAACUGAAGCUGGAGCUGCAGCCUGGGCCUUGGUUUGAUCCUUGGCCUUGGCCUUGGCCUUGACCUUUGUCCGGCAGAGCCUAAGCCCGUUGACAAUGCGUGCAGAAGCAUGCUUCCCACGCUUCGGGUGGGCAAUGUAGGCAAGUCGAUUGAGCUUGCGGCUGACACCCUUUGGGAUCUUGGGCUUAACCUCCUUGGGCUUUAUGAGGGCCUUGCUGGCCUUGGCACAUGCACUCCUGGCCUUGGCGUUGUUGGCCUUCUUUAGGCCCUUGUUGUUGUGCUUCUUGGCAAAGCACAUGUUCCUCAGGAACUUGGGGUCCACCCCCUUAAGAGAGUCAUAUCUUCGUUACCAUUUCUGUGCCAUUUUUGGGACUGGUUGUGUGUGGUGUGAUUCUUGCACUUGGCCAUGUCUGCACCUAAGCCACGGUUCCCAAAGCACCUAGGACCGGAAGACCAAAAAUUUCUUUCUUUUUCUUUUUUUUUUUUUUUGAGUUCGAGUUUUGCUCUUAUUGCCCAGGCUGGAGUACAAUGGCACAAUCUCAGCUCACUGCAACCUCUGCCACCCAGGUUCAAGCGAUUCCCCUGCUUCAGCCUCCCAAGUAGCUGGGAUUAUAUGCCCAGCUAAUUUUGUAUUUUCAGUAGAAACGGGGUUUUACUCUGUUGGUCAGGCUUGUCUCAAAUUCCUGACCUCAGCAGAUCCACCCUCCUCAGCCUCCCAAAGUACUGGGAUUACAGGUGUGAGCUGCCACGCCCGGCCUCAGAAAUGUAUUUCUAACCCCAGUGAUGCUCCAUGUGAUGUGCCUUGUGUUGGCAGAUUGUUAUACUCCAGUCUUGCUUUCCCUGUCUUAGGUGGUGUUUCUGGAUGCCUAGAUCUUGGUAGUUUAUCCCCCCAUACCCACAAGGCCUCCCAUGCUGCAGAGCCUGUGCUCACUCAGUGCUUGCUGACUAUUGAGGGUUCUGUGUACUAGUCCAGGCAAAACCCUCCCCUCAGUUGCCGGACACUGGAAGAGAUGCUAACCAGAAAUGCAGAUCUCCUAGGGAUAUUUAUUUAGCUUAAUUCUAAUAGCAUGCAUCACCAAGAAAGCUACAGAGAAGUGGUAAUGCUAAUCUCCCAGCCCUUUGUCUUGGUGACAAGAUCCUGCCACAGGAUUGCCUCACUGUAAUAAAGAUAUUUUACUAAUGAAAAAGAUAAAGGAAUUUAAAUAACAUGGACAUUUCCUCUUUCUCCCUUCCUCUUGAAAGGGAACCACUGUUUGGUGUUACUGAACACUCGUGCUGAAAUAUUAGUAAGAGGAGAAGGAAGAAAGAAACGCUUAAGUUUAGGAAUGUCGGUCAUGUAACAGGAAAUUGUAUUACAAUGGCUUUUGGGUGUAGCAGUUCCUUGCCUUUUCCCCUUCUUUUUUUUCUUAGUGGCUUUCAAAUUAAAUUUGGCUCUGCCAAAGAGCACAACACAUACCUUUUUAAUGUAGGAUUUUAACUUGCUUUUAUAACACACAAGCAAAUCAUACCCCCCUGUGUCAUAGCUCCCCCCACUUAAGUCUUUCCCCUACUUUCUUUUUUUCUUGAGACAGAGUCUCUGUGCCUACGCUGUGAUCUUGUUGUGACCUCCACCUCCCAGCUACAAACAGUUUGCCCUGCUUCAGCCUCCUGAGUAGCUGGGACAACAGGUGCCUGCCACUGUGCCCAGCUAAUUUUUGUAUAUUUAGUAGAAACUGGGUUGGCCAGGCUGGUCUCAAACUCCUAACCUCAGGUGAUCCUCCCGCCUUGAUUUCUCAAAGUGUUGGAAUUACAGGCAUAAGCCUGGGCCUGGCCAUGCCACUAUUUAUUAAAGCAAUGUGUGUGUUCACUGUGUAAGUUUGGAAAAAGAAGAAAAAAAGAAAAUAAAGAUCCCCCACAAUUCUAUCAGCCCAGGUAAGACUGCUCUUAACGUGUUGCUAUAAAACUGGACAACUUUUUUCUAAUUACAAAAAUAGAUAAUGCUUUGCACAGCGGCAGUAUCAUAGCCAAUGAGGUUUAUCCAAGGUGUGAUUAUUGCUAAUUGGAAACUUACCCAAUACCCUGCCAUGACAAAUUGAAAUGUAGUCAGCACUGGCAGUUUUUGACAGUCUCUACAGAGACUGAACAGGAAAAAAAAAAGAGAGAGUGAUAUAAUACGUGGGAUACAGUGACUCACACCUGUAAUCUCAACACUCUGGUAGGCUGAGGCAGGAGGAUCGCUGAACUUAGAAGUUCAAGGCCAGCCUGGGCAACAUAGGUAGGAAGACCCUAUUUUUUUAAAUUAAAAAAAAGAAUUCUGUAUUAAACAAUAUAAUAUAUAUACCACACACACACAUCUAUGUGACAGUGUUGAGGUCCUGUGGUCCAUCAGGUCAGCCCAGUCAGUUCUCAGAAGUCUCUCCUGCCCCUGGUACAAGUUCCACCUUUGCUCCUGGGAGCUUGGUGGCUCUUCAAUGCCCCUUCUGGUCUUCUUUUUCUGGUCUUCCCUGCACAGUACCCUCCUCAGUCUGAUUUGUUUUAUUUUGUUUUUUGAAACAGGGUCUCUUUCUGUCGGUCAGGCUUCAAGUGCAAUGGCACGAUCUGGCUCACUGCAAUCUCCGCCUCCUGGGUUCAGGCACCCACCCUCAUGUCUGUCUGAUUUUCGUAUUUUUGUAGAGAUGGGUUUCACCAUGUUGGCCAGGCUGGUCUUGAACUUCUGACCUCAGGUGAUUCACCCAUCUCAGCCUCCCAGAGUGCUGAGAUGAUUACAGGCUUGAGCCACCACAUUCGGUCCUAAAAUACGAUUUUUAACAUCUGCAUUGUAUUCCAUUCUUCAAAUAGAUGUCCCAUAAUUUAUUGGAAAGAGCUGGUCAUGAACAAUUCUUCUACAUACAUCCUUACGGAUAUCACUGAUUUCCUUAGAACACAUUUUAGGAAUGGAAUUACUAGGGUAAAUGAGAGAACAUUUUUACAAUUCUUAUUUAUAUUGCCAAGUGGGUUUUUAAAAAUCAUUCAGUUGAAUUUAUACUUCCAACCCUGCCAACAAUGAAUAUUAUCACUACUACUACUAAAAACUAGAAGCAAGCAACUGUCAAUGUAAUAGUUGGUUUUGUAUUUUUUUUUUUCUUUUUUGAGAUGGAUUCUCACUCUGUCACCCAGGCUAGAGUGCAGUGGUGUGAUCUCAGCUUGCUGCAACUUCCAUUUCCCGGGUUCAAGCAGUUCUCUGCCUCAGCCUCCCAACUAGCUGGGAUUACAGAUGCCCACCACCACACCUGGCUAAUUAUAUUUUUAGCAGAGACGGGGUUUCACCAUCUUGGCCAGGCUGGUCUUGAAUUCCUGAUCUCAUGAUCCACCCACCUCAGACUCUGAAAGUGCUGAGAUUAUAUAGGUGUGAACCACCACACCUAGCUGGGUUUUGUAUUCUUAACUGCAGUAAUGGAUAUGUGUGAUAAUAGAAAGUGGUAAUGGUUCUCCAGUUUUAAGUACCAGAAAGCUCUCAUUUUGGUGGUGAGUGGGGAGGCUCUUAUUAAGUGCCUAACACUGAAUCCACUUUCCUGUUAAGAUGGGCUUUUGGCCAGGCAUGGUGGCUCAUGCCUGUAAUACCGGUACUUUGCAAGGUCGAGGGAGGUGGAUCUUGUGAGGCCGGGAGUUCGGUACCAGCCUGGUCAACAUGGUGAAACCCCAUCUCUACUAAAAAUAAAAAAAUUAAGCUGGGCCAGUGGCUCACACCUGUAAUCCCAGCACUUUGGAAGGCUGAGAGGGGAUGGAUCAUUUGAAGUUGGGUGUUCGAGACCAGCCUGGCCAACAUGAUAAAGCCCUGUCUCUACUAAAGACAUCUAUUCUUAGUAGAAACCCGUCUCUACUAAGAAUACAAAAAUUAGCCAGGUGUGGUGGCACACACCUGUAGUCCCAGUUACUCAGGAGGCUGAGGCACAUGAAUCACCUGAACCUAGAAAGCAGAGAUUGCAGUGAGCCAAGAUUGCACCACUGCAGUCCAGCCUGGGCAAUAGAGCAGGACAUUGUCCCCCAAAAAAGGGGGAGAGGGGCUUUUGAGGAAAUACCCUUACUCCCUGAAUAACUUACCUUUGUCAGUGGAGCAGGCCCUAGGUGGGGUCUAGGAAUCACUGGCUGCUUAUGUGCUGUGGUGUCAGUCCCUGCAUCCCUUUGGGAGCUGGGUCCCUCCACUGUGAGCAAUCUUCACUUCUAUCCCAGUGUGCAGUACAGAUAUUAGCAUUUUUUAAUGUGGGCUAUAAUGUGAAAAAUAUUGGAGAUCAUAAAUAUUGUUCACUUAAUGCCUGUUGUGUCACACCAAGCAGUUGACCACUGAGAUUAUUUGCUGUUAUGUGGUCGUAGAGACCUAGGUGGGAACUCAUGUACAGUCAAGAUUGUUGAUGGUCUUUGUUACCUGGAACCCCAGUUUUGCCUGGCUUGAUGGCUGGGGCCCUGGGAGAGGGGCUCUGAGUUUUGGCAUUCUGUGUGGGGGCUUCAUUUAAACUGUUUCUGUCAGUGCCAAACCAUUUGUGGAUGUAAACAGAAGGGGAAAAACCAACAAGGAAAUUGAAUGUUUUAUGGCAUUUAACAGUGUUCUCUUUUAGAUCUGUUUUUAAUAGGGUCACUAUGAAAUUCAAGUUAACAAAAAAAUGCCACAUCCAUUAUCAUAGUCAGUACCCAGCUUCUCUUUAUUUUGGACUUAAAAUUUACUUGCCAGAAAUUCAUAGCUCUUGAAUUAAAGCCACAUUUAUCAUACAUUUUAAAAUAUAUAUUAGGUUUUACUCGUUUUAGAUUUCUUUUUGUCAAUAGAGAUGGAGUCUUGCUGUGUUUCCUGGGCUGGUCUCAAACUCCUGGCCUCAAGUGAUCCUCCCGCCUUGGCCUUCCAAAGUGUUGGAAUUACAGGUGUGAGCCACUGUGCUUGGCCCCAUCUUAGAUUUAGAUACUUUUUAAAUAGUGUAUUUAGAAGGGAGAUUUUUCUCCUAAUUUUAUUUUAACAAUUUUUAAUCUUUUAUAAUUGACUUAUUAGUGGAUGCUUUUUUUCCCUAAGAGUUCUUGAUGCCUUUCCUGUAUUGUAGGAAAUGGCAGGAAAUUCUUCUCCACUCUGUGCCCUCCCCCAGCAACAAGCCUAGCUGUGUAGGCACUGAGCACUCGGCAGUGGCCCCAGGUGUCAGAAGCAGACAGAAGCACUAAAUCAAGCUGCUGGUAGCCGAUCCCACUGUAGAGGCCUAGGCCCCAGAGGUAGAAUAAGGAUGCUGGAGAUGAACAGGCUGUGACGGCUCAGCAGUCCACGGUGUCAUCAGGAACAAGUACCUUCUCUCUCUCUCUGCCACCCUUAGCAAGUGACUCCGUCUCGGUGUGACCAGAUAGCACCUCUGCAGUCAGUGUUCCAGUCUAAGCCGGGGAAGGACGCUGGCUCUGGCUCUUUGUCAAGGAGCUUCCCCCAUGCCUCCCCAGCCAGGUCCCAGUCACUUGGUCACGGGGGUUUAAACAGAGUCGGAAAUGUAUACUUCAGCUGGGCGUAUGGCCACCCCAGAUGCAACUGGGCUCUGUUGGUAAGGAAGAAAGGAAAAUUGGACCUUGGUUAGAAAGCCAUAGUACAGCUAUAUGUCUCCUUGGCUGUGUUACCAGGGCAUACCACACACCUUCUGAGCCUCAGGGUUCCUCAUCCGCACACUUGGGGUGAUAAUUGCUCCUACCUUAUGAGUUGUCCCUCUGACCAGAAAGAAUGUAAGGUAACUGGCCUGUGGUUGGUGUGCAGAGGCAGCAGUCUGACCACAAUGCCAUGUGUCAUUAGUGCUCAGAAACUUGUGAAGUUGCUGGAGAACUGGGCUUCCUAGUGCUGUGACGUGUUUUACUUAAUAAUAAGAUUGUUGUCCUGCCAGCCUGGGUGUGACUGGUCCCCUGUUCCACAGAAAUCACAUGGAGAAGAUUUGCUUAAACUUGUGGAAUGUGUGUGUCCUUGUGGUUUUGAUAUAUAUUUGGGUGGUUAUGACAUUAGAGGAAUUAUUAAUCAUGUAAUAGAAAUAAAGGUUGUUUUGUACAAAAGUAAAUGAUUAACAGUGACAAAUUUCUCCAGCCAAGAAAUACACAUUCAAUGUAAAUUGGAAGCAACUUCAUUUGGCUCAUAAAAGCUUUUAGUCAGCAGAGAGCUGUUGUAAAGCUAGUGGCAUUUGGCAUCUAGGAGGCCCAAGAAUGUGGCCAAGUGUAGUGGAACAAAUUGUACUGUGUGCCGGCUGUCAACCUUGGAGACACUUAGAAGAGCCUUUGGCAAUACUGUGUGUGUCUCUGUCACCUUCUUUCUUCUCCAUACCAAAUGGCUUCAUUCAACUCUGCUGCUUUGGUGUUGCCACUAUUUUUCUGGCGUUUUAGGCUGGAAAGCGUUUUAGCUAGGGUGAGAAGCACCACCCUGUGGCUGGGUAUCUCUGUGUUGAACUCGGUGUGUUUGUUUCUGGUCUUCCCCAUGCACAUCUCUACCUCUCUGUCCGAGGUCACAGUAGAAAGAGAAAUCAAGUCAGCAGGGACUCAGCGGACCCCUACUUUCAGGAUUGCCUUGGUAGUUUCCAAACUGUUUCAUCUAAAACAGGAAGGUGUAUUCUCUGUAUCUCUCUACCCCACCCUCCAUUCUCUCCCAUCCUCCCCGUUUCUCUUUCUCAACUAGUGGUUUCUAACAAACACAAGGUUCCUACCUCACAUUGUCUUUGGCCCUAGGCUCCACUUCCAGACUUUGUGUUAAUGAGUAUUUUCUCCAGUGGCCUGCUAUUUUUUUUUUUCUCUGAAGUGUCUGCUGCUAGUACUCUGCUCUGUUACACCUGGUUUCUCCCUGACCUGCUAAUUCCCCUGGUGAACUGUUCCUGAAUGGCAAGUCCCUUUGUAACCACUGUUCUCACUGUCCUCUUCCAAUCUGCUCUCUACUUAUCAAGCUUCACUAUUUCUUGUACCGACCCAGCCUCCCUGUUCUUGGGUCUGCCCUCUGCACCUCCCCUGCCACCAGGCUGUGAGAUUUUCUCCCGCACUGGAUUUGCUCAUGCUAUGGCCUCCCGAGUGCACUCCCCAGCCAGCCAUGGUCCACCCUUGGAGUCCUACUUCCACAACCCAUCCUUGUGGCAUUACCCGGCCAUUCAUCCCAGUGCCCGCUUUUCUGAAUUCUGAGUUCUUUCUUUUCUGAAUUUCCGUUUGUGUCAAUACCAUCCAGGGAACCAUGGUAGGUCUCUUAGGGUCUUAGGGAUUAUUUAGCCCAUGGGUGUCCAAUCUUUUCCCUGGGCCACAUUGGAAGAAUUGUCUUGGGCCACACAUAAAGUACACUAAUACUAAUGAUAGCUGAUGAGCUAAAAAAAAAAAUCUCAUGUUUUAAGAAAGUUUAAGAAUUUGUGUUGGGCUGUAUUCAAAGCUGUCCUUGGCUGCAUGUGGCCCAUGGGCUGUGCGUUGGACAAGCUUGGUUUAGCCCAACCAUAGCUCUUUUCACAGAGCUUUAAAAAAGGCAAAGUAAAAAUAUAACACAAUACUGUUAUUACAUUCAACAGAAUAAACAUAUAUAUAUUAACUAGAUAUAAUAGUUAACAUUGGCUAACAUUUUAUGACUACUCACUGUAAAAGUGAAAUGAAUUUUUUUUUUCUCGCGCUGUUGCCCAGGCUGGAUGGAGUGCAGUGACUUGAUCCCGGCUCACUGCAACCUCCGCCUCCCAGGUUCAAGUGGUUCUCCUGCCUCAACCUCCCGAAGUAGCUGGGAUUACAGGCACCUGCCACCAUGCCUGGCUAAUUUUUUGUAUUUUUAGUAGAGAUGGGGUUUCACCAUGUUGGCCAGGAUGGUCUUGGUCCCCUGACCUUGUGAUCCGCCCACCUCGGCCUCCCAAAGUGCUAGGAUUACAGGUAUGAGUCACCGCGCCUAGCCCAAAAUGAAUAUUUUUGAGUAAUUUCUUUUAAGUGGACAUCACUUAAGCCUCCCAAUAAACUGGUAUCAUUUUCUCCAUUUGCAGAUGAAAAAAGUUUGUUAUAAAUUAACCUGAACAAGGCAAAUAAUGUAGUUAACUCUACAUGGAGAAAUUAAGAAUAAAAUCUAAGUCUGGCUCUUAUUUUAUGUACUGAAUUUUUUCUCUCAACGUUUCUACACAGAGAAUUUUUUCAUAUCAUUAAGAACAUUAUUCUAAAACAUUUUACAGCUGGGUGCAGUGGCUGGCUUAUGCCUGUAAUCACAGUACUUUGGGAGGCCAAGGCGGGCAGAUUACCUGAGGUCAGGAAUUCAAGACCAGCCUGACCAACAUGGUGAAAUUCCUGACCAGCCUGGGUGUGGUGGCAGGCACUUGUAAUCUCAGCUACUUGGGAGGCUGAGGCAGGAGAAUCACUUGAACCUGUGAGGUAGAGGUUGCAGUGAGCUGAGAUCUUGCCAUUGCACUCCAGCCUGGGUGACGAGAGUGAAACUCUGUCUCAAAAAAAAAUUUUUUUUUUAUGAAAUAAUGAUAGUUUAUCAUCUGCUAGAAUUUAACUGCUUUCCGAGAAUGAGAUUGUUUCCAGUUUUUUUUUUUUAAUUAUUAUGAAUAAUGCUACAGUGAACAUAAAUUUGGAAAAUGUCUCUACCACUUUUCCUAGGUAAGAUUUUUCUAACUGAAAUUGCCCGGGAAUCUUAUGCUAUAAUUGUUUCAUUAGUUUUGCCUAGAGGUUAAGAUCACAUGGUAGUAGGUAACUGGCAGAACCAGGAGUAAACUUGUCAUGUUUCAGCCAUUCUUUCAGCACGUGCUUAUUGAACACCUACUGGGUGUCAUGCAAUAGCCAGGCUUUGGGGGUUCAGAGAUGCCUGAGACCAGAUACCCUUCCUCUCAACACCUGGAUAGUUUAGACUCUUUCUCAGUGUACCAGUUAAACUCUAUGGGAAGUAUUUCUGCUGAUGGUACAAGAGUUCAGUGGUGGAGUUAAGGGAGUUAAUAUGUGAUAUAAUGAUUAUAAAAACUGAUUUAAAAAAUAUAUUUUUAAGGGUACUAGAAUGUGUCCAAAAACAGACACCACAGAACAGGUUUAAUCUUAAAAUACUGAUGAGAAAGUAUAAAAAUUGGGAGCUUGUGGCUUUCUAGCCCAAGGGCUUUGUGUAAAUCCUGUAGCUACAGAAACUGGGAUGGGUGAGGAAGAAAAAUUUCAGCUUUCUUGCCUAAAAAUGCUAGAAACCCAAGUUCAAGACCAGAAAGGCAGCUGGAAAUUUAAAGGAGAAAUCUAGGCAGUGAGAGAAUUGCAGGAAAGGGACCCAAAUUCUUGGGUGUAAACUCUCUGGUAACAGUUAAACUGUUCUUACUUCAUCGACACCCCAGGGGGCCCCAUAAGAAAGCAGAGCCAGACCAGAUAGAAAUCAACCCUUGAAAGAUGGAGCUUGUGGGGCCAGACUGGUGAAUUUGUUGCACACCCUUAGCCAUAUGUAGCUGUGUGUCGUGAAGCUGAACCUUUAUGGGCUUGAAGUUUCAGAGCAUGGAGCAGCUAUCAGUUAGCAGGGAAGGGGGAAGGAAUUCCUAGAAGCAAGGAAAUCACAGAAAGGGUGAGCCCCAGAUCACCCCAUACCUGUGUCUGAUCACCAAAUUAUUAGGCCACAGGGGAGACCACUGCCGGGGUGCUAGGUUUAAAAAGUGGAAAGCGGAGGCUGGGCAUGGGGACUCACCAUGCCUGUAAUCCCAGCGCUUUGGGAGGCCAAGGCGGGUGGAUCAUUUGAGGUUAGGAGUUUGAGACCAGCUUGGCCAACAUGGUGACAUCCCGUCUCUACUAAAAGUAGAAAAAUUAACUGGGUGCGGUGGCGCAUGCCUGUAAUCCCAGCUACUCAUGAGACUGAGGCAGGAGAAUUGCUUGAACAUGGGAGGUGGAGGUUGCGGUGAGCUGAGAUCGCACCACUACUCUCCAGCCUGGGCAACAGAUUGAGACUCUGUCUCAAAAAAAAAAAAGAAAAAAAAAGUGGUAAGCCAUAAGAACAGAGAUCAGUUUGUAUGUGAAUCUAGUCAAUCUACAGCACAUAGCUCUCUCCUAUAAAACAGAGUACCUAUAACCCAGUAGAAUGCAAUGUUGCCGCAGCAUAGUAUCAACAAUACUGCUGUUAUCUGUCAUUACUGCACAUGGAAAGAAAAGGGAAAGAGACCCUUAGGAAGUAAGGCAGUCAGUAGCACCAGGAAGAACCAGAUGUUGGCUUUAGCAAAUUUAAACAGCUAUCAUGAAAUGAUUACACUGACACAUUUUGUGGGGUUUUUUAAAAGACGGAACUUCACUCCUGUUGCCCAUUGCACGCUGGAGUGCAAUGGCGUGAUCUCGGCUCACUGCAGUCUCCGCCUCCUGGGUUCAAUGAUUCUUCUUCUGCCUUAGCCUCCCAAGUAGCUGGGAUUAUAGGCACCUGCCACCACACCCUGUUAAUUUUUGUAUUUUUAGUAGAGAUGGGGUUUCAUCACAUUGGCCAGGUUGGUCUUGAACUCCUGAGCUCAGGUGAUCCCCUCUCCUCAGCCUCCCAAAUUGUUGGGAAAAUAGGUGUGAGCCACCGCACCCAGCUGAAAUGACAAGUUUUGUUAUUUUUUUUAACCGCAGUUUUUAAAAAAGCUAUUAAAAAUAUGUUCAGAGAAUGAAAGGGAAAUGUGUCAGAAUUAAGAGAAGAUCUAGGGUUAGUGAAUGCACAGACAAAAAGGGGACCUGUAUUAAAAGAAAUACUAAAGGGGUAGAGGGUGUGGGGGGAAAUGCUCAAGGAUAUACAGGAAGGAAUGAAGAGCACUAGAAACAGUAGAUAUCAAUAAGUAUAAAAUACUAAUUUAUUCUUUAUUAUCUCUUUAAAAGAUACAUCAACAUUUAAAGUAAAAACACUUUAUUGAUAGUUUUAUCAUACCUAUAGAUCUGAUAUACAACACUAUGAAUUGGGGGAGUUAAAUGGAAAUAUAUUACUGCAGAUGUCCUUUUCUAGCAUAACUCAAAAUUAACAUUUAAAAAGAUUGUUGAUAUAGUUUGGAUAUUUGUCCCCACCCAGAUUUUAUGUUGAAAUAUAAUCCCCAGUGUUGGAGGUGGGGUGUGGUGGGAGAUGAUUAGAUCAUGGGGGUGGGUUUCUUUUUGUUUUUUAGAGACGGAGUCUUGUUUAUUGCUCAGGCUGGAGCACAGUGGUGUGAUCUCGGCUCACUGCAACCUCUGCCUCCUGAGUGCGAUUAUCUUGCCUCAGCCUCCCGAGUAGCUGGUACUACAGGUGCAUGCCACCAUGCCUGGCUAAUUUUUUGUGUCUUAGUAGAGAUGGGGUUUCACUGUGUUGGCCAGGCUGGUCUUGAACUCCCGAGCUCAGGUAAUCCACCUGCCUCAGCCUCUCAAAGUGCUAGGGUUACAGGUGUGAGCCACCACACCUGGCCAUGGGGAUUGAUUUCUUAUGAGUAGUUUUGCACCACCCUCUCGGUGCCGUCCUUGAGAUAGUGAAUUCUCCCCUGCCCUCUUUCUCCUGCUUUUACCAUGUGAUGUGUCUGCUCCUACUUUGCCUCCAUGAGUAAAAGCUCCCUGAGGCCUUCCCAGAAGCCGAGCAAAUGCUGGCAUUAUGCUUGUACAGCCUGCAGAACCAUGAACCAGUUAAACCUCUUUUCUGUAUAAAUUGCCCAGCCUCAUACAUUUCUUUAUAGCAGUGUGAGAAUGUUCUAAUACAAUUGUAGUAAGUUAAAAAUGUAUAUUACCACACCUGUAAUCUCAGUAUUUGGAAGGCUGAGGAGGGCAGAUCACUUGAGCUCAGGAAUCCUAGACCAGCCUGGGCAACAUGGUGAAAUCCCAUCUCUACAAAAAAUACAAAAGAAAGUUAGCCGGACGUGGUCGUGCAUGUCUGUAGUCUCAGCUCCUUGGGAGGCUGAGGUGGGGGAUGGCUUGGGUCUGGGAGCUGGAGGUUGCAGUAAGCCAUGAUGGUGCCAGUACACUUCAGGCUGGGCAACAGAGCUAGACCCUGUCUCAAAAAAAAAAGUAUAUUACAAUCUUUAGAGCAACCACUAAAAUGUAAUUCAAAGAGACAGAGCCAAUAGAGGAGUUAAAAUGGAAUACUAAAAAAAAAAAAAAAAAAAAAAAAAAAAAGAGAGAGCAAGAGAAAGAGGAAUAGCAGACCUAAAUAAUUACAUUUACUGCAAAGGGGUGCAGCACCUUAAUCAAAAGGCAAAGAAUAUAGGACUGAAUAAAAAGCAAGGUCCAAGUGUAUGCUGUCCACAUGAGAUGUACUUUAAGUACAAGGACACAAAUAGACUGAAAGUAAAAAGAUGGAAAACAAUAUGCCAUGCAGUGGCAAUAUUAACAUCAGACAAUACCCUUCAAGAUGAGGAGGUUGGUUGGCCCUCCAUAUCUGUGAAUUUCACAUCUACAGAUUCAGCCAAUUGUAGAUAGAAAAUCUAAAAAACAAAACAAAAUCCUCCACCACCAACAAAAGAUAACAGUACAACAAUAAAAAAAGAUUAAAAACAGUAUAGUAUAACUAUUUACAUAGCAUUUACAUUGUAUUCAGUAUUAUAACUAAUUAUUUGUAAAUGCACAUAGAAUGUUAAAAAAGACAGACCAUCUAUUAAGAUAUAGAACAAUUUUCAAUAGAUUUUCAUAGAUUGAAGUCUUACAGAAUGAUUGAAAAUAUAUGGGAAGAUAUGUGUAGGUUAUAUGCAGAGACUACUUCAUUUUAGAUGAGAGUUGAGAAUUCUGGGAUUUUGGUAUUUUGGGGGGGUUCUGAAACCAAUCCCUCAUAGAUGCUGAGGGACGACUGUAAACUCAAGGCAAAGAGGGACACUUCAUAAAUAGAAGGGUCAGUACAUCAGGAAGAUGUAGUAAUGGGUAUGCCUGAAUGCAAAGUUUCAAGCUAUGUGAAGCAAAGUAUAUGCAGCAAAACUAAAGGAGAUAUAGGUAAAUACACAGUCAUACUUGACAGUUUUAAUAACUGUCUCAAUAACUGAUAGAAAAAUAGACAAAAAUAUCAGUAAAGAUGUAGGAGACUUGAACAACUAAGAACCACUUAAUUAACAUCCAUAAAAGGCCACACUCAAUAUGUUAAAAAUAUACUCUCUCUCUCUCUUACGCUCCCUCCUUCUCCCUCCUAUCUUUUCUUUUUUCCUUCCUCUUCCCUCACAUUCUCCAUCCCUCUCUGUUUUAAGUUAAGGGGUACACGUGCAGGUUCAUUAAUACAGGAAAACUGCUGUUUUGGGGGUUUGGUGUGCAGACCAUUUUGUCACCUAUAGUACUCUAUAGUUGUUUUUUCUGAUGAUCUCACUCCUCCCACCCCACAUUAUUUGUAAAUGCACAUAGAAUGUUCAGAAAGACAGACCAUCCGUUAAGAUAUAGAACAAUUUUCAAUAGAUUUUCAUAGAUUGAAAUCUUACAGAAUGUUCUUUGUCCACAAAGAUUAGGAAAAAGAAUUGUGUUUAAUUUUAGACAGGAUCUUGCUCUGUUGUCCAGGCUGGAGUGCAGUGGUAUAAACACAGCUUGCCAUAUCCUUGACCUUCUGGGCUCAAGCAGUCCUCCCAUCUCAGCACCACAAAUAGUUGGGACUGUAGGCUUUUACCACCAUGCUAAUUUUUUUUUUUUUAAUUUUAGCGGAGAAGAAGUCUUGCUGUGUUGCCCAGACUGGUCUCAAUCAAAUUCCUUAGCUCAAUUCCUUAGUGCUGGGAUUACAGGUGUGAGCCACCACACCCAGCCAGAGAAAGAAUUUUUAAAAGCCCUAAAUAUUUGGGUAUUAAACAACUCACUUCUCAGUAACUCUUGACUCAAAGGAGAAAUCACAAAAGAAAUUAUAAAAUAUUUUGAUUUGAAUAAUUAAAAUAUAAUACAUUAACAUUUCUGGGAUUUGGAUAAAGUGGUGGGCACUUUAAAGUGGUUUGGCUGAAGAAAGGAAAUAAUGAAGAGAACAAACAAUAGAGAAAGUCGAAGCCAAAAGCAGUUUUUUUGAAAAGAUCAGUAAGAUUAAUAAAAAAACCGAACCCAUAGAGGAAACAAAUGACCAAUUUCAGGAGCGAAUGGAGGGACACCACUAUGGAUUCUAGAGACAUUUGAAAGAAUAUAAGGGAGGAUAUCAACAAUAAAUUUGUUAGCCAAUGUAUUUAACUACUUUGAUGAAAUUGACAAAUUUCUUGAAAGACAAAUAUUACUAAAACUGACACCAGAAGAAAUAGAAAAGUCUGAAUAGCCCAAUAUCUACUAAAGAUAUGAAAUUCAUAAUUAAAAUUCUCCUACAAAGAAAACAAUAGGCUCAAAUGAUUUCAUUGGUGAAUUUCCUCAAACAAUUAAAGAAGAAGUAAUAAUAAUCCUAGCCAAACUCCUGUAGGGGGGAAUAGUUUCUUUCUUCCUUUUUUUUAAUUUUUCAGGUCAGAUGGAUAAUGUGCCGAUGUUGUAACAAGGUCCAAGGGUGGCACAUCUCACACAAGCAUGUGAACACCCAGUCAUCAUACUCACUACAAAAGCGAUCCCUUUUUUUUUUUUUUAAUUUUUAAUUAAGGGGAAUAGUUUCUAACUAAUUUUAUGAAACCGGUAUUACUCUGAUAUUGACUUGUCAAAGCUACCAUAAGAAAAAUACACACUAAUAUUCCAGUGUCUUUUUUUUUUUUUGAGAUGGUGUCUCAUUCUGUCACCCAGGCUGCAGUGCAGUGGGGCAAUCUUGGCUCACUGCAACCUCUGCCUCCUGGGUUCAAGUGAUUCUCCUGCCUCAGCCUCCCAAGUAGGUGGGACUAUAGUUGUGCACCACCACACACAGCUAAUUUUUGUAUUUUUAAUAGAGAUGGGGUCUCACCAUAUUGGCCAGGCUGGUCUCAAAUUCCUGACCUUAUCAUCUGCCUGCCUUGGCCUCCCGAAGUGCUGGGAUUACAGGUGUGAGCCACUGCGCCCAGCCUUCCAGUAUCUUUUAUAAAUGCAAUAUAAAUGCAAACAUCCUUACCAAAAUAUUAGUAAAUGGCAUUUGGUAAGAAGACGAUACAUCAGCAUCAACUGGGAUAUAUCCCAGAUAUACAAAGUUAGUUUAACAUUAGAAAAUCAAUAUAAUGCAACAUAUCAACAACAUUAAGAAUAAAACCAUUUCCUCAUCCCAAUAGAUACAGAGUAAGCAUCUCACAAAAAUCCACCAGCCAUUUGUACCAAAAACUUUCAACAAACUAGCAAUAAAAAACAACUUCCUGAAUUUACUGAGGGGCAUCUGUGUAAAAUCCACAAGUAACAUCAACAUUUACUGAUGAAAAACCAAAUAACUUGCCUCUAAGAUUAGUAAUAAAGUGUGUUGUCCUCUUUUCAUAUUCUGUUGGAAGUCCUAGCUAGUGCAGUAAGGAAAGGAAAAAGAAAUAAAAGUACACAGAUUGGAAAAGAAGUAAAACUAUCUUUAUUUGCAUUUGACAUGAUCCUUUUUGUAAGGAACCUAUUUUUAAAAGUUACCAGAACUAAUAAUUUCCUCUAAUAAUUUAGCAUGGUCACAGGAUACAAAGUCAGUAUGCAAAAAUCGGUAGUUUUUCUGUGAACUAGCAAUGAACACUUGAAAGUUGAAAUUUAAGAUGCAAUUUCAUUUACAGUAGUAUUUAGAAAUAUAAAAUACUUAGGGAUAAAUUUAACAAAAUAUAUACAAGAUCUGUACACUUAAAACUGCAAAGCGUUACUGAUUAAAUUAAGGAUUAAAAUAAAUAGAGAUAGCAUGUUCACAGAUCAAAAGACUCAAUAUUGUUAAGACAGCAGUUCCCACAGUUAUCUAUAGAUCCAGUAGAAUUCAAAUAAAAUCCCAGCAGAUUUUUUUAAAUUGAAAUUAACAAGCUGAUUCUGAAUUCAUAGGCGCUGCAAAGUACCUAGAAUAGCAAAAAAAUUUUUAAAAAAAUAACAGGUGGAGUACUUGAACUACCUACUUUCAAAACUUCUGCUAGUCAUGACUUUGGACUAGACUAAUGUGGGUAGUCUCAGAGCUGAGCAAGGCAGCCUGGCAUUGGCAUAAGACUAGGUAGACAGGUCAGUAGAACAGAGUACAAAAACAGACCCACACUUAUAUUGGACUUACUACAAUGGAUUUUCAACACGAGUACCACGAAAAUUCAAUGAGGAAAAGGGUGGAGGGUUGGGUUUUUUGUUUGUUUUUUUUCAGCAAAUGAUACUGAGACAACUGGAUAGUCUAAUGAGUCAAAAUUAACAUUUACUCUGACCUCACAUUAUUCACAAGAAUUAAGUCAGAAUGGAUUAUAGACCUAAAUAGAAAACUUACAGCUAGAAACUUUGGGAAAAAAGCAUAGGAUAAAAUCUUACAAUCUUGAGAAAGGCAAAGAUCUCUUAGAUUCAACACAAAAUUCAUGGGUCAUAAAAGGAAAACUUGUAGAUUGGAUGUUUCCAAAAUGAAAAAUCUAUACUCUUCAGAAGACAUUAAAACAGCAAAACUCAAUCCACAGAAUGAGAAAAAAUUUUCCUGAUACAUAUAUCUGUCAAUGGACUCCUAUUUGGAAUAUAUAAAGAACUAUAAUUCAAUAAUAAAAAGGCAAACUCUUAAAAGUGGGCAAAAGAUCUGAGUAGGCACUUCACAAAAAAAAAUACAGGAAUGGCAAAUAAGCACGUGGAAAGAUAGGCAACAUCACUUAGCAUGUGAGAUACUACUACAUACUUAUUAGGAAGGCUAAUGUAUAUAGGUCUGAUAAUACUAAAUAUUGGUGAGAACGUGCAGCAAUUGGAAUUUUCUUACAACUCAUGUAGAAAUGUAAAGCAGUUUAUUUACUAACUUUUUAAAAUUAAAAAUUGAAAUAGGAUUUUGCUAUGUUGACUCAGCUGGUCUCCAUCUCCUGGGCUCAAGCAGUUCUCUUGCCUCUGUCUCCCAAAGUGCUGGAAUUAUAGGCAUGGGCCAUGGUGCCAGGCCAAAACAGUCUAAGUCAAAUAUACCUACCAUAUGUCUCAGUCAUUCCUGUCCUAUGUGUCUAUUUAAGAGAAAUGAAAACAUGUCUAUAAAAAGACUUAUACAUAAAUAUUUAUAGCAGUUUUAUUUGUAAUAGCCAAAAACUAAAUGACCCCAAUGUCUAUCAACAGUUGAAUGGAUACAUUUUGGCACAUCCUACAAUAGAAUACUACCAACCAAUAGAGGGACCACUUAUACAGCAGUCUCACUGGACUUCAAGAUUGUGCUGCAUGAAAGAUUCUGAACACAAAAAGGACAUACUAUACGAUUUCAUUUAUUUAGUAGUUUAGAGAAUGGUGACUCAUUUCUAGUGACAGAAGUGGAUAGUUAGUUACUUAGGGUGGGAUGAAGAGAGGGAGUACUAUAAAGGGGCACUAAGAAGAUUUAGGGAUUAAAGGAAAUAUUCUGUAUCUUUGUUGUGAUGGUGAUUUUUAUUGGUGUAUACGUCUUUCAUGCUUGAACGAUCCAGUUACAAUAGAUGCAAAUAAUUAGUUUCCUUCUCUUCUUUCCUAUGCCUAGUGGAGGCUGGGGCAUCUGAUGGGUAUUCCAGGGAUUAGGAUUGAUCUCAUGGGCAGCCCUCUUUAUGGCCAGUGCUUUCAGAGGUGGAUUAAGGAUGGUCAGGCUAGUUCUUGGAAGGAGAGUCUCUUGCAAAACAUCAGGCAAAAUUGAGGCCACAACCAGGCUGUACUUGAAACAAACCUUAUGACAGGGGUCCCUAAUCCAGUCCUAGUCAGAGUGAAAGUUGGUGAAAAAACCAGCCCAGACCUCCAGGGCCGCAUGGCCAUCAGUAGCAUCUCCACAACUUUGCUUUUGUCUAGCCUGGACUUUUGAGGGGUCACAGCAAUAAUUUCACUUCCUCCUCUGGGCUGAGGACGGGAGACCUCACCACCUAUGAACCAGCUGACCAGCAUAAAUUUAGUAUGUCCAGAUAAUGUUGUGAGCAGUGUCAGUCAAGACCUGAACCUGUCUGGGUCAGUGAGUGGAGACCUAAUGACGAUCAGUUUCACGGCCUACUACCUCGCGUGUCAUGAAUAGGGAUAGAACCUAAGUGAUCCCUCCUGCAUGAAACCAAAAGGUAGAGUUAUUGAACAGGCUGGUACCAUUCCUUUCAAAAAACCCUCCACAAGUCUUCCUGAAAAUGAUCCCAUGUCCACCUCCCUCAGGUGCUAACCAGAAACUCUUCCUGACCUUUGACCAUAAUUUUUUUUUUUUGAGAUGGAGUUUUGCUCUUGUUGCCCAGGCUGGAGAGCAGUGGCAUGAUCUUGGCUCCCUGCAACCUCUGCCUCCUGGGUUUAAGCAAUUCUCCUGCCUCAGCCUCCCCAGUAGCUGGGAUUACAGGCAUGAGCCACCACGGCUGGCUAAUUUUUGUAUUUUUUUAAGUAGAGACAGGGUUUCACCAUGUUGACCCGACUGGUCUCGAACUCCUGACCUCAAGUGAUCCGCCUGCCUUGGCCUCCCAAAGUGCUAGGAUUACAGGUGUGAGCCACCACACAUGGCCCCACGACCAUAAAUUAUACCUCAUUAAAGUUAUCUUACAGACUUCAUGGGAGUAGCAAGUAGUAGAUCAGCCAUAAAGGAAUACGAAUUAUAAUUGAUAGUAACCUGACAAAUAUAUAAAAAUUCAUGAAUCAAAAAACAAAACCAGACAAAAAGUUACAGGGAAAGCCUCGUGUGCAGUACUGUACAUAAAUGUGGGUGUCUCUGGGCCUGGCUGAGCCUGCAGGGACAGCACCAGGCCAUGUGUGGCUGUAGAAACCUUGAGGUGAGGCUUGUCUCAGUUGAGGUGUGCAGUGAGUAUAGGAUACACACCGGAUUUGGAAGACAGUGCAAAAAAGAGAAUAUAAAAUGUCAGUAUUUCUGACAGUGCUUACUUGUUGAAAUGUUAACAUUUGGAUGUAUUGGGUUGAAUUAUACAUAUUUUAACAUCAAUACUCUUUAUUUUUUUUUAAUGUGGGUAUAAAACAAUUGAAAAUACCACAUGUGGCUUGAGUUAUAUUUCUGUGAGACAGCAUGAUGCUGGUCAGUGGUGACUGUCAAGGUGAGACGUUAUCAAUGAGGCCCUGUGCCGGAAGAGCUCUCUCAGGGCCGCCCUCAACUUAUAGAUAUGCCCUGGCCAGAACUGCCACUGAACCCCACUGAAAGUUCAGCCAACCUAAAAAGGGUUAACUUUUAUAUUAUUAUCAUUUAUUGUUAUUUAUUAUCAUUCAGAGUCUUAUUCUGUUGCCUAGGCUAGUGUGCAGUGGCACAAUCUCAGCUCACUGCAACCUCCACCUCCCAGGUUCAAGUAAUUCUUCUGCUUCAGCCUCCUCAGUAGCUGGGAUUAUAGGCAUGUACUACCAUGCCUGGCUAAUUUUUUGUAUUUUUAGCAGAGAUAGGUUUCACCAUGUUGGCCAGGCUGCUCUGGAACUCCAGACCUCAAGUGAUCCCCCUGCCGUGGCCUCCCAAAGUGCUGGGAUUACAGGCAUGAGCCACUGCACCCGGCCCAUUUCUGUUAUUUUUCAAGCUGAUUUUUUUUUUCUUUUUUGCGCGCGCAGUGAGAUACUUUAACCUUUCUGGGGGAAGGUCUGUAAACUUCCCUGGGUUGGGUGGGGGGGGUCCUUCCUGAGGAUGCCUGCUUAUUUUCCAAAGCCCCCUGAGGUGUUUUUUUUUUAAGCCACUCAGAAAAUGUGUCACUAAAUGGACCUCCCUCCCGUCCUUUUGAAAUCCUAAGACCUUGCUGUGUUGUUGACCCUUAAUCUCAGAGGCUCUCUGGCAGAGUGGAGAAUACAGACCCCACCGCAAGAACAGAAGCCAAGGACAGGAAGUGCGGGGAUCUGUGUACUUGCAGUUGGGUUUUUUUUGACCCUCACAGUGUCUUACAAGUUUUUAAAAAAUGUGUUUCCAACUUUUAAAAACCAAGAGCUUUCACAUUGAAAAUUGGGCCUGGCGAGGGGGCGAGCCCUGUGGUCCCAGUACAUUGGGAGGCUGAGGCAGGAGGAUGGGACAGAGUGAGACCCCAUCUCUAAAAAGAAAAAUAAAAGGGAAUUACGAAAUUGGUUUUUUAGCUUUCCUGGAAAGAAAGAAGCCUUGAGCUGCCUCUCCUGUGUGGGAGCUGGUCCCCCCUCCCCCCCGCCCAAGUGACACUGUCCCCUGGGGCUCUGGGGGCCAGGGUGGCUUCCCCCAUACCUCCUUUCCUGGCUAGUCAGAGAAAACCAAAAUGCCCUUGGCCAAGUGUCCAGCUGGAGAGUAAAGAGGGGAGUCUUUAUUGCUUAUUUGUGUACAAUCAAGAUCAUAGAUGUGUUCCAGGAAAGGUGAUUAUUUCCUUUAAAGCAGGGCAUUGUGGCUCCAACCCCCCACCCCCCAAAAAAGUAUCUGUAAAAUCCCUUUAUGAACAUAACGAGGAUCUUGUAUUCUCUCUCAGGGUGGUUAGCUCUGUUUGUACCAACUCCAGUAUUGCAAAAACACACAAAUCCCCACUCUCAUGUCUAAAUUGGCCUUGUGUGUGUUUGCUUUAUAGCCCUCACCUCUCUUCUCUUUCAGUAUUCCAUUUCUGUGGCUCAGGCAGUAAAUGCAGGAUUCCUAAAAGUACCCUGACAAUAAAUAAGCUUUCCUCUCACUUUGGUACAGUUCAUUUGAUCUUUUAAACAUUUUGGAUGAGGGACAUGAUGUGUUUUGUGUGGUUAGAGUAAGGGCCAGUAGGUGCAAAUUUCACCUGGACCGAUCGUUGCAGGAUACAGGAAGAACCUUCUAACCAUACAGUCUAAAGGUGAGAUGUCAGGGAGUUUAGGCUUUCGGGGCCAGUGGGGAUUUCGUUUGGGGAAUUUGAGAUUAUCUAGGUAGACGCAUGGCCUUCAGCAAUGGUUCUCAAUCCCGACUCAGUACAGGCGCUUAGGCACAUACAGAUAUUCACACACAUGCACACACAUAUGCACAUACAGAUACAUGCACACACAGGCACACAUACAAACGCUUCUGUUUAGAAGUUCUGAUUUAAUUGGUCCAGGGUGGAUUCUGGGCAUUGGUAUUUUUCAGAGCUCCUCCACAAGUUUGAAAACCCAUGGAAAGUCUUCUCUCCUAUCUCAUCUGUUUUACCCAGGCCCACUACGCUUUCAGUUCAGUCAGAAAAGAUCAGCUUCUCUGAAGAGGAAAGUGUGGAAACAUAGUCAAAGUACAGAUUUUUGUUUUUUCCCUGUCAGAACAGUUUGUAUAGCUGAGAAGGCCAAGGAGCUUUCACCAUCUGCUGCUUGAAGGCAGAAUUAGUCUCUGUGGCACUGUGAAAGGUGCCCUGGGGCACUGUGAGGGCCACAGUGCAUAACUGCAGCGUGGACCCCAGGAGCAGCACUGUCCGCAGCAGAUUGGACCAAGGACGUGCUCUUAGCCUCGCUGUUCUCUGCAGAUUCACUUUAUUUAUUAUCUUUAAGCCAUACAUCAGUGGUUGGGACGGUGUCCUCAAUUCUUCAAAAAUUAAGCAGCUGACCAUGGGCAGCUUUGAGCAAUGCUGAUGAGAAACCUGAACGUUGGAACAAUGUAAAAUUAAACACACUGGAAUAAGAACUUGCCAAAGGGUUUUGUUUUCUCCAGAAACUUAAAUGUCUGUAUCAGAAAUCCCUUUUAGAAAGCUUUUUUUUUUUUUGAGACGGAGUCUCACUCUGCUGUCCAGGCUGGAGUGCAGUGGCACAAUCCCAGUUCACUGCAACCUCUGCUUUCCGGGUUCAAGCAACUCUCCUGCCUGUGCCUCCUGAGUAAUUGGGAUUACAGGCACAUACCACCACACUCGGCUAAUUUUGUAUUUUUAGUAGAAACGGGAUUUCACCAUGUUGGCCGGGCUGGUCUUGAACUCCUGGCCUCAAGUGAUCCACCUGCAUUAGCCCCCCAAAGUCCUGGGAAUAUACGCAUGAGCCACUGCACCUGGCCGAGAAAGCUUUUAAUUAUGGAAAAUGUUUAACAUAUUCACAAGUAAACAAUGAAAUAAUGAAUUCCUGAAUACCCACUGACCAGCUUCGACAGUGACCCACACAUGGCCUGUCUUGUUUCAUCUACACCCCUCCCACCUCCCUUCCUCUCAGACUCUUAAUAUAAAUCCCAGACAGCAUAUCAGGAGAUGCCUUUUAAUUUUUGAAGACUCAAGGACACCUUCCCAACCACUGAUGUGUGGCUUAAAGAUAAUAAAAUGAAUUUGGAGCGAACAGAAGGCUAAGACUGUGUCUUUGGUCCAGUCUGGCAUGGCUACACUGCAGUGUGACCUGGUGGGUUAGCUCAUCUGUGCCACAUGACAGCAGGGAUGGUGGUGCCUUUGGGAAGCAUGCUUGCAUCACAGGGUUGCCUGUGCCAUGUGGGGUGAGUGUCAGCUGGUGUCCCCAGAGCCUUCCUAGUGGGAAGAAGUCAUUUUCGACCUUUUUUGCCCCUGGACAGGCAGUGUCCCUACAUGGAGAGAGGCAGACCUGGCCUAGCUGUACAUGCAGGCAGUCUGAAGUCCUGCCUUUUAAGCAGGACAACAUUUGUGGCCAUCACGCUGCGCUUGAGAGGAAUUAGUGAUGAUUUUUUUCCUUAACAUUCCUUAGUAAGUAGAAGUAAGAUCUUGUAAAUUAAAAAUGCUAUUUUGGUUACAAAAGUUUACUUCCUGGCAUAACUUCCCUUGGGUACUUCCUGGGUAAAUUGCCCUGUGCCUAGAGGCAGUACAGGGAGGCUUUGGCUUUCAUUCUGGUUUGUAUUAGUUUAGUGCAAAAGCAAUUGUGGUUUUUGCCAUUACUUUUAAUGGCAAAUAAUAGAAUAAUAAAGAAUUGUUCGUGCAAGCUCUAAAAGAGGACAUAUGCUUUCAGAUCUUCACUGGGCUGAUGUAGUCAAGAGCUAGACUUGCUCACAUCAGAAGCUCCUUGCUUUGAUGAAGUAGGCUUUUUGCCUACUUCAAAAAGUAGAAGCUUUUUGCCAGGUUUCCCCGUGUCACAGCAGGAAUUGGUGUUGUGUGUUCAAGUAUAUUUUAUGUAAACUGACUGAUUUUUAGGACCUGCCUAGAAAGGAAAGGAUGUACAUCCACAAUUCUUCCUCAACCACUUUAGUCAAGUGGGAAGCCAUUUGCAUGAAAAUCUGUGCUCCUUGUUCUCUAGAAAAGUGUGUAAAUGUGAAGACAAGUGAGUUUAAGGUUUUUUUUUUUGUCUCUUUUUGCGAUGAAGUCUCGCUCCAUUGCCCAGGCUGAAGUGCAGUGGUGCCAUCUCAGCUCACUGCAACCUCCGCCUCCUGGGUUAAAGCGAUUCUCCUGCCUCAGCCUCCCAGGAAGCGAGGAUUACAGGCGCCCACCACCGUGCCUGCUAAUUUUUGUACUUUUAGUAAAGACAGGGUUUCACCAUGUUGGCCAGACUGGUCUGAAACUCCUGACCUCCGGUGAUUCCCUACCUUGGCUUCCCAAAGUGCUGGGAUUAUAGACAUGAGCCACCGUGCUUGGCCUUUUUUGUUGUUGUUGUUUGUUUGUUUUGAGAGAGAAAAAUAAUAACAAAUUCAGCUGGGCAUGAUGGCUCACACUUAUAAUCCCAGCACUUUGGGAGGCCAAGGCAGGCAGAUCACCUGAGGUCAGGAGUUCGAGAGCAGCCUGGCUAACAUGGUUAACUCCCAUCCCUACUGAAAAAAAAAAAAAAUUAGCUGGAAGUGGUGGCACGUGCCUGUAGUUCCAGCUACUUGGGAGGCUGAGGCAGGAGAAUCGCUUUAACCCGGGAGGCAGAGGUUACAGUGAGCUGAGAUUGCACCACUGCACUCCAGCCUGGGAUACAAGAGUGAAACUCUGUCUCAAAAUAAUAAUAAUAAUAACUCCAAGUGAGAAUACAAAGUGAUUUAAUAUGUACAAUUUAUUUUUUAAAACCUUUCAGUAUGUUCUGACUAUAAAGCUAACAUUUACUGGGUACCCACCAAGUACCAAGCACACUGUCUUAAGUGCUUAAGAUGUAUUAAAAAUUAGAUUAAAAGGAGGAAAUGGAGUCACAGAGUGAUUAGGGAACGCCCUUAGACCACAGAGGGAGAAGGCAAGCUGGUCUAGUAUUCAAACUUAGGACCUCUGGUUCCCACUCACUGAGCUACUGGGCUACUUACAGGACAGGGGCAUAAGAGGGUGGCUGCAGAAGACUAGAAAGGAAAAUUAGCCAAAAAGAGGGACUUGGGUCCAGGUGCGGUGGCUCACACCUGUAAUCCCAGCACUUUAGGAGGCCGAGGCAGGCAGAUUAUUUGAGAUCAGGAGUUUCAGACCAGCCUGGCCAACAUGGUGAAAUCCCGUCUCUACUAAAAAUACAAAAAUUAGCCAGGCAUGGCAGUGCGUGCCUGUAAUCCCAGCUACUUAGGAGGCUGAGACAGAAGAAUCCCUUGAACCUGAAAGUGGAGGCUGCAGUGAGACAUGAUUGAGCCACUCCUCUCUUCUCUAGCUAGGGCGACAAAGCAAGACUCCAUGUCAAAAAAAAAAAAAGAGGGACUGAGAAAAGAAGGUUCUGAGAGUCUUGGUAUGAAACAGCAUGUCACUCUUGGGCACCUGGGUGAAGGACAUCAGGGAAGUGACCACAGUCUUCCUGGCCCUGCUGUGCAAGCAGGGUAUGGUCUGCCAGGAUGCUCCUGCUUGUCCUUUUAUCAAAGCCCAGCUGGCCCCAGUGGAGCCAGCCCUUCCCCUUCUGAACUCCAGCUGCCUCAUGCAGUACUUUCAUCUGCCCCAGGACAGAAUUUUGUUUUUCCAUGUCAAUGCCUUGUCUCCUCAUCUUGCCAGAUGGACAGUAGCAUGCCCCUCAGUAUUGCAGCAUACCUCGCCCAGCAGCCACAUGUCACGAAUGCCUUGUGUAGGGUAGUGUGGUCUGUUCCAAGUCUGAAGGAAACUUGCCUUCACUUAUUUCCAUAGAGUAUUUUUUAAAUAAAUGUUUAUUUUCUAAGUGAAUUCUAAGAAUUUUACUCCUGUCUGAAGAAAUGCCUUAAGUUUUAGAGACCUUCUUGACCUGUCCGUCAAUUUACAUAUAUCCUACCUAAAAGUCUCGGAUCAAAACUAGCCAGUGAUCCUAUGCGUUACUGAAGCCGAGUGACAUUGAGUCAGAAGAAUGAAACUAAAUUGGCCUAACAUUUCCCACUUCCACAUAGUAGCUUUAAAUUUAGAGGAUAUAAAGAAAACCAUGGUACUUAAUUGAAGGGACCAUCUCAUAUUAUUAGUAUGAUGAAACUAGUCAGGCUGGGAGCACUGGUUCACACCUGUAAUCUCAGCGCUGUGGGAGCCUGAGGCAGGCAGAUCACCUGAGGUCAGGAGUUCAGGACCAGUCUGGCCAACAUGGUGAAACCCCGUCUCUACUGAAAAUAUAAAAAUUAACUGGGUGUGGUGGUGGGCGCCUGUAAUUCCAGCUACUUGGGAGGCUGAAGCAGGAGAAUCUAUUGAACCUGGAAGAUGGAGGUUGCAGUGAACCAAGAUGGCGCCACUACACUCUAGCCUGGGCAACAGAGCAAGACUCCAUCAUAAAAGAAAAGAAAAGAAAGAGAAAGAAAUGAGUCAUCUUUUGAAGGGAAGGUGCUGGUUGCUGAUGACACCCAAGCAUUCUUUAGUGAAGUCAUUUUCAGACUACAGAGAGAGAUCCUUGAGUGGAUCAAAUAAUUAGUUUUAUGGGUUGCAUGUAAAAAUGUAAAGAACUAGCCAGGCAUGGUGGCUCAUGCCUGUAAUCCCUGUACCUUGGGAGGCUAAGGCUGAUGUAUCACUUGAGGCCAGGAUUUUGAGACCAGCUUGGGUGACAUAGCAAGACCCCAUUUCUACAAAAAUUAAAAGAGAAAGGAUCAAAUCAUCUCUAUGUAAGGGAAGUGUUUUUAUGAAAUUCUGAGUCAUAGUACAAAAAAAAAAAAAAAAACCCUACCAAACAUCAAUAAAACAUAGCUCUAGAUAGAAUGCUAACUUUUUCUGCACAGGUGGAUGAUGAUGGCCAUUCUCCAUUUUAUUUCACUGUGUCAGCUGCCUUUCAAGUUUCAGGCACAUUGUUCAUGGCUGGUCACCUCCUGUAACCACUGGGAUGCUUCCCAGUCCUUAGAAAUCUGGAUGAGAAGCACUAACAAAUAAGAAUUUGUUUCCAGUUCUGCCAUGUUUUCCUCUGUGGGAGAUGUUACGAAUGUUUUUUCUCAUAAGUGAUUUGGUGCCAUAAUUCCUCUUACAUCUAAGAACAGAUGGCCACAGAUCAGGCAAGUUGGUUUUCCUUGUCUUUAGGAAACUGAACUUAACAGGAACAACACAGGUAGUUAAGCACUCUGCCGGUGAUAAAGAGAGUUAGUUUCAGGUAUUCUGUGGAGUUUUAUAAGUUAGAGGUUUUCUGGCGAAUUUCACAAUGUGAAAUUAACAAAUCAGUCUCCUGAUUUUGGCUUGGAGAAGCACUUGGUUUUUGCUCUGGGUCACCUCAGAGCUGCUUUAGGUGCCUGAGUAUUUGCAGCAGAUUGCUGCUGUUUCCUGGGGGUUGGCUGGGAUGAAUAAGAAAUUUCAUAUCUGGUCUCUUAAAGAGCUUUCUGGCCAUUUUUAAAGGAAUUAACUGCCCAAGCAUGGUGGCUUAUACCUGUAAUCUCAGCACUUUGGGAGGCCAAGGCAGACAGAUCACUUGAGGUCAGGAGUUUGAGACCAGCUUGGCCAACACGGUGAAACCCUGCCUCUACUAAAAUUACAAAAAUUAGGCAUGGUGGUAUGCGCUUAUAAUCCCAGCUACUCAGGAGGCUGAGGGAGAAUUGCUUGAACCUGGGAGGCGGAGGUUGCAAUGAUCUGAGAUCACAGCCUGGGUGACAGAGAGUCCGUCUCAAAAAAGUAAAAACAGGCCAGGCGUGGUGCUUCACGCCUGUAAUCCCAGCACUUUGAGAGGCCAAGGUGGGCAGAUCACUUGAUGUCAGGAGUUAAAGACCAGCCUGGCCAACAUGGUGAAACCUCCUCUCUACAAAAACAUAAAAAUUAGCCAGGCAUGGUGACAGGUGCCUGUAAUCCCAGCUGUUCUAGAGGCUAAGGUGAGAGAAUUGUUUGAACCUGGGAGGUGGAGGUUGCAGUGAUCCAAGAUCGUGCCAUUGCCUUCCAGCCUGGGCAACGGAGUGAGACUCCAUCUCAAAAAUAAAUGAAUAAAUAAAUUAAAAAUAAAGGAUGAACUGAUAUAAAGAGGUAAAUGGAGCUUUUUGCAAACUGCUGGUUGUGAAAAAAAAUCAAAUUAAUUUUUGACAAUUCCCUAAAUCCUAUUUAAAACAACUACCUAGGAAACUUAAAAGUUGGGCAUUAGUGAAGCCAAGUUAUUUUGUUUAUCUUCUUAUGACAAGUUUAUGAGUAAGUUUUCCUUGGGUUUUGUGGUGAAUCAGUGUGUGCAGUAUGGAUGAUUAUUCUGUUCUUAACUAUUUAUUGGAUUAUUAUAGCUGUUCUUAACUAUGUAUUGGACAUGUCUUUGAAUACACCACAGAAAUUGUGCCACAAGUGAGUAUGAUGUCCAGUCCCCACUAGGUUCCUGGUCCUUCCUGUAUCUGGAGUGUGCGCCGACAGUCACAACAAAACAGCCCAUAACCCACUCACACCAGGGGUAGCCCUUGCCAGCCUGGCCACCUUCCUGCUGGCUGUCCCUUCAUGCCUGCAGUGACCUGGAUCUGCACUGCCAGAGGCUGAUGGCAGAACCCUUCAGAACAAAAGACUUAAUGAUGGAAGAAGAGUAAGGAAAUGUGUAUCUAACCAUUCAUGGCCAAGUGCAGGAUAGUUCAUUUCAGUAGGAAUCUAAAUAUUACUGGACCAAGAGAGUUAUACAGUUUCCCUGGAACAUUGUACAUGGGACACUCAGGAGGAAUUCUGAAUCAGUGUUAGUCAUUGUCUCAGCCCAUAUGUGAGUGCCAGGGUUGCCAGGCCCUGUAUUGGACCCCAGGGAUACUGCGGUGAGCACACUAGGCCUGGCCUGCCCUCCCGGAGUUCACAGUUGAGGCUCAUCAACUUGCCAGCAAACACGCUGUCAGUGCCUCUUUUCAAAACUAACUUGUCAUAAAACAGACAAGCUCUUAGAAUAGUUUAAAUCAUCCCAGCUGGAAAAAGAAUGUUGCAUGGUAUUUGUGAAUUUUGAGAAAGGAGUUUUCAUUUGGUUGAAUCUGUAAACUUAAACCACUCAACAAACAUUCUUUUUUUUUUUAAAGGUAUCAUAUUUCUUUUUUCCUUGGCCCUAUGAUGUUUAUUUUUGUUGCUCACAUUGGACUUUAAGUGAUGGCAGCCGUGCUGGCUGCAUAAACAGAUUUUUCCACUUCAGUGAAAUCAGCAGAGCUUGUUUCAGUUGCUGUGUGGAUGGGCAGCAUUGUUCCUUCUCGAGUCCUCCUGGCAUCCAUCCUCAGCAUUGCCGUAAAAACCUUCCCGGUGUGUAGUUUUCUAAAAAGUGCGAUCUAGCAUAUACAUUUCACUCAGAAAUACUUCCUUUAUGGCAGUUCCUUAGCCAAGGCUGUGCUUUAUUCAUACUUUAGUAUCAGCUAAGCCAAACCACAGUGGCAGUGAGGAGUGGGUCCUUUGGUUUGUUGACCCUGAAUGUCAGGGCUGUCUUUGGCUCCUGUGUCUCUGUACUGAGAUGUGGUUUGGCCUGAGUGAGUGGGUGGCUGCAUUGCUAAUCGUCCCCCCUGGUUUGCUGUCAUCUGUGGGAGAACAAGAAGGAAAGGCCUUGGGUUUGGGAGAGCCCCUUCUUCCAUCUGGGGUGACCUGGGAGUUUGAGGCCUGUGCACCUUUUCCCCUUCCCCCGACUCAUAUUACCCUCUCCUUAUUGUUUUUAAGAGUACUUUCAUCUGUUUUUCCUACAUGUUUUGGCAUUCUAAUCUCCCUUCCUCCCUCCUUCCAUUACUUCCUUCCUUCCCUCUUUUUCUCUCCCUUUCUUCUUCUUUUGUUUUAGAGUUGGGGGUCUGGCUCUGUUGCCCCAGGUGGAGUACAGUGGUACAAUUGUAGCCCACUGUAGCCUCAACCUCCUGGGCUCAAGCAAUCCUCCCAUCUUAGCCUCUUGAGUAGCUGGGACCACAGGCAUGUGUGGUCACACCUGGCUAAUUCCUUUUUAAAUUUGUUUGUAGAGACGGGGUCUUGCUGUGUUGCCCAGGAUGGCCUCAAACUCCAGGCCUCAAGUGAUCCUCCUGCCUCAGGCUCCUUAAGUGCUGGGAUUGCAGGCAUGAGCCACUCUGCCCAGCCUAAUUUUAUUUUUAAAUAAUCUGUACAAAUUUAAUGGGAGGACAAGAAAAAGGACAUUUCAGAGAGUAAAUAAAGAGAACAUUCCAACAUAAAUGGGAAAGGGAUGUAGAUAACAUGGAACUCUGUCAAGCCCUUCAAACAAAGUCCAGGACUUUCUACCUUGCUGAGUGCAGCCUUCCAAGUAACCUUACCAUUGCCUUUUCUGGCCGUUUGGAUCUUGUCUACAGAAAAUUGGACUUUUUCCAUGGACUUUGGAAUCAGUAAACACUAAUUUUUACUUUUAUAAUGUAUAAUCAUUAGUAUUCCUUCAUGAACAUUAGUCAUAGUUCAAGAAAUGAGAUUAUUAUUAGGCAUCGAGCCAGAACAGGCACCGAGCCAGGACAACUGUCAGGUCCGAUUGGGCGGAACAUGCAAGGCUGUAACUCUGGUUAGCAGCUGUUGGUAACCCAGGAGGCAGCCUGCUUCACAGUCACCGCAGCGGACGGGUCCAAGUCACCCAAGCAGGCAAACACACAAGAACUUUCACAUACAGGACGUACCCCAGCACCAGGGUGGCACGCCCGUGAGCACGGGGAUGUUCUUCUGCUCUGUCACCACUGCGUCCCCAGUGCCUAGAACAGAGCCUCACCCUGCUUAGUAUUCCUCUGCACCGGUUCUGACUGAAGGAAAUACUGCAGCAGAGACUGUGAUGUCACUGACUUGGAAAUGUUAUCAGUACCUUAACUAGUUGCUUUGCAAUAGAUACAAGUACUUGGAGCAUUUUCUCUUCCCACCUCCUAACCUCCCUUCUUUCAUCCAUGUUAUCUUUGUAACUUUGGGUAGUGACUUUAAUAGCCCAGCUUAUACUCAUGCACGUGUGGUGAUGUUGGUGUAAACAAACCUACAGCGCUGGGUGCUGCCAGUCUUAUAAAGUAUCCAGUAAUGUCCUAGGCCUUGACAUUCCCUCACCACUCUCUCACUGACUCACCACAACUUCGAGUCCCACAGACUCCAUUCAUGUUAAGUGUCUUAUAUAGACAUACAUUUUAAAAAACCUUUUAUAUAUGGUAUUUUUACUUUAUCUUUUCUACGUUUACAGAUAUUUAGAUACAGAAACACUAUUCUGUUACAGUUGCCUACAAUAUUCAGUACAGUCUCAGGCCUUGCAGCAAGUGUUUGAAUAAUAUGGUUUCAUUUUAAGAUCAUUUUGUUAUAACAUUGACGAGAAAAAAAAUUGAUUCCUGGACGGGCGCAGUGGCUCACACCUAUAAUCCCAGCACUUUGGGAGGCCGAGGAGGGUGGAUCAUGAGGUCAAGAGAUCGAGACGAUCCUGGUCAACAAGGUGAAACCCCAUCUCUACUAAAAAUACAAAAAUUAGCUGGGCAUGGUGGUGCACGCCUGUAGUCCCAGCUACUCAGGAGGCUGAGGCAGGAGAAUUGCUUGAACCCAGAAGGCGGAGGUUGCGGUGGGCCGAGAUCGCGCCAUUGCACUCCAGUCUGGGUAACAAGAGCGAAACUCUGUCUCAAAAAAGAAAAAUUGAUUCCUGGCCAGGGCCACUGUGUGGAGUUUGCACAUUCUCCCUCUGUACGGUAAAAUUGGUUUUGUCAGACAUCAUUUUGCUUAAAGUUGCAGGUUUCUAAGAACAUAAUGACGAUGUUAAAUGAGGACUUAUGGACAGGUUUGUAGCCAGGAACAAUAUGCUAUACCAUCUAGCCUACUAGUAGUGUGGAGUAGGCUGUAGCCUCUGGGUUUGUGUAAGUACACUCGAUGAUGUUCACACAACAACAAAAUCACCUAAUGACGAAUUUCUCAAAACAUAUCCCCAUAUUUAAGGAAUACAUGACUGUAUUAAUACAUUCUGUCAUUUUUUUAACUCUGUUACGUCUACAACAGCCAGCUGGUGUUUCCCCCAUAUUUUCCAGAGUCAGGAAAGAAGCAGAAUAGAUUUUUUAAAUUCCUAGGCCAAGGCAAAGUCUCCACCAAUAGCAUGUAAUGAGAACACUGUUCAGUCAUCCAUCACAUGGUGUCACGCAGCCAUGCAAAAUUACCAUUUUCUCAAAGAAUCUGCUGUUGGACCUGAGAAGCUAUAAAGUAUAUUUUCUGCUUUUUAGUUUACUAGCUCUCUGCCACUUGUGGAUACAGUGACCAGUUUAAAAAUACAAGUUUCCUGGCAUGAGAAAUACACAUCUAGAUCAUUUGCAGCAAAGUAUCAGAGUCCAGAUUUCAUGGAUAUCUAAGGCUCGUGGAUGGGGCAGAGAGGACCUAUGGAUCCCAACUUUCUUGAUACAUACUCACCUUCUUUAGAAGCCAGUUUCAGUCUUUGAUACAGGACAAGUGAGGAAAAGCAGAUAUUUCAGAAUAGCAGCCAAGAAAGAGAUAAGAAGAGGUAGGAAGGGCCAUGGUCCUGAUAUAAGAUAAUUUGAUGGUUAAUUGGCAUGUAUUUCUACAAAAAUCAUGUCACCAUCACUGUGAGGUAGCUACCAUUACCAUGUUGAUAUAUAUAUAUAUGAACAAAAGUUUUCUGGAAAGGAAUUUAGAGUAAAGAGACUUUACUCCAGUGAGCAGUUUGCAAACCAGGGAGAUGCAGUCUUCAGUGGAAACUGAAGGUGCAUUCCAGAGAAUCUAAGGAGAGUUUGUGUUUUAUAGUUUCUGUCCAGGUUCUCACUCAGGUUCACGAAUGCAAAUGAAGGAGUCAAACUUGCUUAGUUCCGAUUGGCUGAUGUUUGCUGAGCUCUGAUUGGUCAAUGUAAGUCACAGCUUAUUGAUUGCUUCAGGCAGGGUAAACAGGAACCGGCAGCUAUGAAACUGGCAAAGUUAAGCAGAGGUGUGGGUUUUUCAGGAAUUCAAAAUACGUGUGUGACUUCUAGUCAGCAAAUGGCCACUUGGUUCUAAUCUGAGUUAAGGCCCAGUUAGUUGCGGGUCUUGAGGGAUUAGCUCUUCCAGAGUUCACAAUGUCUUUUGACAGUGGUUUUUUUAAUGCUGUAAUUUAAUGAAAACACAGUCAUGUUAAAUGUACUGUUUGAUUUGUUUGUUUGUUUGUUCUGGCUUUGUUUGGAUACUUUCUUGAAUAUUCAGCAGUCUUGGCUGUAUAUGUUUGGGAAUGAUGUACUGAAAGCUGACUGGAAGAACUAUAGCAUAGGGCCUGUAGAGCCGGGGCUUUCCUGUAGGGUGACCAGGUGGAGGCUGCAGGCUUCACUGAGCACCCACCAGUGUCUGGGUCUGGAAACUUGUCCCUGGGGCCCUUCCGUUUUUGCCAGAGGAGAUCUUCAGAUCCGCAGGGUAUGUGGCUGUUGGCAGGGAAGGAGGGUUGAAACCUGUGGUUGAUUUAGUACAUCCAUGCUCACUUAACCCUCUGUGUUAUUCCUUUGUGGAUUUUUUUCUUUUUAAGACAGUCUGGCUCUGUCACGCUGGAGUGCAGUGGUGUGAUCUUGGCUCACUGCGACCUCUGCCUCCCAGAUUCAAGCAAUUCUGGUGCCUCAGCCUCCUGAGUAGCUGGGAUUACAGGCGCACCCCACCACACCCAGUUCAGACGAGGUUUCACCAUGUUGGCCAAGCGGAUAUUGAACUCCUGACCUCAGGCAAUCCCCCUGCCUUGGCCUCCCUAAGUGCUGGGAUAACAGGUGUGAGCCACUGCGUCCUGCCCUUCUGUGUUAUUUCUGUGCUAUCUGCCCUCACUGCACUGUAGUCUGAUUUGGUGUUGGGUUGGGGGCCUGGGGAUACCUAAGAACCCAGGUGAUCUCAUAUAGACCUCCAGGGAGGCUCCUUUUUCCACCUACACCUCAUCCUCACAGCACUGUGGGCUCACAGUAUGCAUUUACUGUAUUGUCCUCUGCUGUGUGGAGGUAGCAGCUGUUCCUCCAUCUAGUUUCUGUACUUUAAGAGGUAUUGAAAUUCCUUUUUAUACUGUGAUUGUGGCAUAGUUAUGAUGAAAAAUUAAGAAUAAUAAGAGUGAUUUGGUGUGGCUAAUAUACCACAUAUACCUGGAAGUUCCACAUAUAUGUGUUUGUUACCUACAUUUUUUUUUGAGGCAGAGUUUCACCCUGUCACCAGGUUGGAGUGCAGUGGAGCGAUCUCAGCUCACUGCAACCUUCAGCUCCUGGGUUCAAGCAAUUUUCCUGUCUCAGCCUCCCAAGUAGUUGGGACUACAGGUGUGUGCCAUCACACCCAGCUAAUUUUUGUAUUUUUAGUAGGGACAGUGUUUCACUAUGUUAACCAGGACGGUCUUGAUCUUUUGACCUUGUGAUCUGCCCGCCUCAGCCUCUCAAAGUGCUGGGAUUACAGGUGUGAGCCACUGUGCCUGGCUGUUGUUGUGUUUUUACUUAACAGUCUGUUAAUUGUUUUAGCUUGCCCUUAGGAUAAGUAUAAAUUCCCAGACUUGACUUGCUGGCCCCAGGAGUAGGAAUCGUCUGAGACUAAUGAUCCAGCAGCAAAUUGGAAUCAAUUUGCAGGAACAGUUUCUGCAGAGCUUCUGAGAGGAGAGGAGAGGGGAGGAGAGAAGGUGUCAGGGAGAGAUGCUUGUUCAGCACUUUGCAGAGGGCUCCAAGGCAUCAGAUAGCAGCAUGUUUGCUCCUGCCUUCUAAGAGCUGACCACGUGGUGGGGGAGCCAAGGCACGAAUGAGCUGUGACUUGCACAUUUGUUUCUUCAUUUAUUCGUUCGCCUGUUGGUUCAUUCAUUCAUUCAUCACUGACCACGUGUGACUGAGCAGUUUUUACUUACCAGACACAGUGAAUGUGAGCUCAGUUUCUGGCCCAAAAAGCUGGCAGGACAAGGGGGCAGGACUGUGAAGAAAUAGCGAAAGCUAUGGGACAAACAACCCUGGCCUUUGUUUUACUGUUAGAACUCUAUACAACGUGAUUUUGCAAUGUGCUUUUUAAAAUUCAUUAUGUUUUUGUGAUUUAUUCAUGUUGAUAGAUGAGGCUCUGAUUUGUCUUAAUUGCUGAACUGUGUUGUGCUGUGUAAUUAUACCACUGCUUAUCUAUCCACUUUCCUGGUGAUCGGUAUUUAGAUAGUUUCUAGUUUUCCACUACAGACAGAAGGGCAUUGAGUAUUCUUCCUGUCUCCUCUGGCAUAGGUGGGGAACUUACCUAGAGGGUGGAAGUGGAAUCCUGGUUGUAGGAUUUCAGCAUCUUUUACUUUACUAGAUAUGUUCAAAGUAUUCUCCUAUGUGAUUGUACCAAUUUACAUAUCUUUUCUCAGUUUAUCAAAAUACAAUCUCUCUCUAACUUUGCCAACAUGUGCUAGUGUCAGACAUUUAAAGUAUUUGUCAAUCUAAUGGGUGUGAAAUGCUCCCUUGUUUUGUAAAAUGAAGUUCUGUGAUUGCUAAUGAUAUUGGACUUCUUGUGACUAUUUAAGUUUUGAAUGCAGACUUUACCACUGCCUGUAUGAACUUGGGAAAUGAUUACGUCUCUGAGCCCCAGUUUCCUGGUUUGGUGAAACAUAAAUACCUACAUUUAGAGUUAUUAUGAGAAGAAGGGACCACAUGCAUGGUUCCUGGCUGUUUCUGUCUCAGUGUGAAGUCAUUCUACCAACACCCCCAGCGGGCCACCCCUACCCACUGAGGAGACCCCCCUCAGGCUGUAGUCUGUAGCGGCAGGGGCCAAAGAGGUCCUGUGAGAGCAGGGGACACCUCCUGAGAACCCCAGCAGGAGUCCUUGGUGAGCCACCCAUCUGUGGAUGCAGCGCCCUAGUGUCUGUCCCACGGUAGCUGGCGAUGCAACCUCCAGCACCACCGCACCUCUGUGGUAUCCCACUGGCCUGUCAGCUUCUCACCCACUUCUCCGCUUACACCUGGCUUCACAUGGUGGAGCAAGAGUGGGCCUUUUAAAACAGAAGUCAGGGCUGGGCACAGUGGCUUACACCUGAAUCCCAACACUUUGGGAGGCCGAGGCUGGUGGAUCACUUGAGGUCAGGAGUUCGAGACCAGUCUGGGCAACAUGGCAAAACUGUCUCUACUAAAAAUACAAAAAUUAGUUGGUGUGAUAAUGCAUGCCUGUAAUCCCAGCUACUCAGGAGGCUGAGGCAGGAGGAUCACUUGAACCCAGGGGGUGGAGGCUCUAGUGAGCCGAGAUUGCGCCACUGCACUCCAGCCUGGAGCAACAGAGCAAGACUCUGUCUCAAAAAAAAAAAAAAGCAUAUUACCUACAACUAUCCCUUUUCUUACCCUUGGCUUUGACUGGAAGAAACCUGAUUAUUGGCUCAGCCUCAGUUCCUGGAAAACAGGCUGUCAUCUGUAGACACAAUUUUUAGCUUUUAGAAAGAAAAAGCCUGCUACUUUAUCAUCAGUAUGGAUGAUGCCUGUCCUGACAUUCCACUGUCAAAAACAUAAAUAACAAAAUAAAUUCUAACUGAUAUGGUAACCGCCAAGUUUUAAACAAAAUGGUUGAAUUUUAAAGCAUUGUUGGAAAAUGGAAACUUGUUACAGAGAUUCUGAGCCUUUGUAAAUAUGACUUAAAAAUGAAACCCAUAGGCCAGGUGUGGUGGCUUAUGCCUGUAAUCCCAGCAUUUUGGGAGGCCAAGGUGGGCAGAUCACGAGGUCAAGAGAUCAAGACCAUCCUGGCCAACAUGGUGAAACCCCGUCUCUACUAAAAAUACAAAAAUUAGCUGGGUGUUGUGGCACGCGCCUGUAGUCCCAGCCAGUCGGGAGGCUGAGGCAGGAGAAUUGCUUGAACCCGGGAGGCAGAAGUUGCAGUGAGCCAAGGUCGGAGCGACAUUCUGUUUCAAAAAUAAAUAAAUAAAUAAACUAAAAUUCAAAUUAAACCCAUAAUAUGUAUCUAUUUCAAAGUCAUACUGUAACUUUUUCAGAAAAAUACAUAAAAACUGCAUAGCCAGGGGAUUUCAGUUUUUGCUACCACACUUCAUAACUAAAAUAUUUGCGUACUUUACCAAAUCACCUUGUCAGUGACUCUUUUGAGGACACUUUGUGAAAGUAGCAGAUUACUAUCUUUCUUUUUUGGUGAAGCUAUAAUUUGCCAGAUCUUCCAACCUACUUGACAGCAUUUUACAAAUAACCACAGGGAAGCAAGCUCUGUUCAGUCUGCAUCCAAAUGUCCCCGCUUCCCUGGGUACUCACGGGCUGCUGGUCCCCAGCAGUGCAAGCCAUGGGAGGCAUGGAGAGCCCCAGAGUCCCAAACAUGUACAGCUACUCUCUUAAAAAGUCACAAACACACACAGGUACUCUCCUAAAGCCCCACAGUCGGAGACAGGUGUAUGUGGUGAGGCAGGCCUAUGUGCUGUUGUCGAGUGAGUGGUUCUUUUUGAUGGAGACAACAGCAGAAGUUUCCAGGCAGCCUUUGUCUGGAAGUGAAGAGCAGCAUCUUCACACAUAUUUAGCCUACUUAACUGUAGGGGCCAGGAGUGGCUUGGAGCCCAAACAGAAGUCUGCUCUUCCAGAGUCAUAUUUAAGCUGUUCAUGCUUCAGCUCUGAGGACUCUGGCUUAUUUUUUGGCUAACUUUUAAUGCUCAGUUAUGGCACAAGUCAGUCCGUUAUAAACUCAGUCUCAUCAUAGUACGUAACUUAGGUGGCACAACAAGUCUCCGUAGAGCCAAGCUGUCUGUCCACUUGCUUUUUUUCAGGGAUGUGCACUUUGGGUGCUGGAAACUAGGGCUGAGGGGAGGCCACCUGUGAGAGCUGCAUGUGUGUCAUGGGCCUGGUCUUUCUCUGCUCACUAAUGACAGCUGUCCCAGCCUCUCUUGGGCCCUGGCCUACCACCUUGCCUGCUAUGAUUUUUCUCCCUCACACGUCGUAAGCUGAGGCAGAAACUGAAUCCCUUGUUUUUUUUGUUGUUGUUUUUUUGUAAUAGCAUAGGGAUCUCACUCUGUCACCCAGGCUGGAGUGCAGUGGCACAAUCAUAGCUCACUGCAACCUCCAACUCCUGGCCUCAAGUGAUCCUCCUGCCUUGGCCUCCCAAAGUUCUGGGAUUACAGAUUUUCCUUUCCUUUAUGAAGACCUUUUUCCUACUAAGGUAGUGUUCCCAGCAAGAGUGUGAAUUAAACCCCCAAUUAAUUCCUUCCUUAAUUCUGCUGCUAGAGGUCCAGCAGACAGGGCUUUGUCUUAACCCAUAGUUUACCACUCUUUUUGUCAGAAAAAACACUGAAAGUUCAGAGUGAAGCUUGCACAUGAACUUGGCAAGCCCUUUCUUGACCCUGGACCUGAACCUACCUUGGAAGGCAGAGAAAGCCCCAUUUCUACCUGGGUCAGUGCAGCCCUGACCAGCAUGAGCCCUGCCCAGCAGGAGGGCCAGAGGCCAGCUCUGGGCCCCAGCAUCCCUCUGGCUUACACCACACUCUGUCCAGGUCUAAUGAUUUUCAUUCUCCAUUUUCUCUGUGCAGUCUUUUCUGCCCACCAUACAGUUUGUUGGGCCUCCUUUUGAGUCCUACACCAGCCCCAGCGCCAGCCCUGCCCUCCAUCUGACCACAUUUUAAAGUGGGUAUCUCUCUAACUUAGUGUUUGGUUGCCUUUUGUGUUGGGAAAACAUUGGCCUCUGCCCACUUGUGACACCAAGCCCUCUUGACUGAUGAUUCCCAGAAUUUUCCUAGAAUUGCAUCUUCUGUGGGACCAACGUGGUCCUUCCCAUGGAGUACCCCAUUCCAGUGCUGUCCGCUGAGAACUUCCUGGCUAUGCUGCUUUUCCCAAGCAUUCAUAACGCUGGAGCUGGUCUCUGUCCCUUGGUGUCAUGCUCAUGGCCUGGCACACGAUGACUCCAGCUAUGAAUUUUGCGUAAUUACUUAUUUUCCUGGUGACUUGUACAAACCAAAUUUUAGUGUACCUGCUGUCCUCCUUAAAAACAGGAAUGUCUGGGUGGGCAUAGGUUUUGGAAGGAGACAGAGAAAAUCCUUCCUCGUGAAGCUCUUGUGUAAUCUCACAUUGGGCUUGGCUCUCAGACCCGCUUAGAUCCAGAUACUGUUGGAUAGCCCCAUGGACGCAAAGCGCUUCCUGCCAAAGUAGAUGCGUGCCUGCCGGGUUGGAAGCAGGGGGCCAGGAAACCCACUGCGGUGCUGGUUUCCUGCGCUCAGAACAGCAUGCUGUGUGCACACACAGGUUCAUGCCGACACACACGUGUGCUGGUUGGUGCCCAGUAAUGCUGCUUUAGAAAACACUAGGACUGAACAGGAUGUAUAGUGUUAAAGGUUGAUUCUCCCCUCCAUUACAGAAGCUUUUUUUUUGAGACAGAGUUUCACUCGUUGCCCAGGCUAGAAUGCAAUGGCACGAUCUCGGCUCACUGCAACCUCUGCCUCCCAGGUUCAAGUGAUUCUCCUGCUUCACCCUCCCACGUAGUUGAAAUUACAGGCAUGCCCCACCACGCCUGGCUAAUUUUGUAUUUUUAGAAGAGACAGGGUUUCACCACAUUGGUCAAGCUGGUCUCAAACUCCUGACCUCAGGUGAUACAUCGGCCUUGGCCUCCUUUCAAAGUGCUGGGAUUACAGGCGUGAGCCACCAUGCCUGGCCACCAUUACAGAAGCAUUUUUAGGUGCUCUUGAAUGUUAUAUUCUUCUGUAUGUUAUAUUCAUUUUUUAAGUUUCUUUGUAUGUAUUUUAUUUUUUUAAAAUUUGAGUAUGUUUUUCUCACAGAGAGAUUUGACCUAGUAAUAGUAGCCAUAAGAAAGAGUUUAGCACACUUUAAGAACAAAAGCAUUUAAACAUUAACCAUUAGUAAAAGUAAUUUUAUAGUAAAAUAUUAACCCAACCAAAUAUUUACUUUGGGGCCUUAAAAGAUGUAAGAUUAUUUAAAAAGACACUCCUGGCCAGGCACAGUGGCUCACGUCCAUAAUCCCAGCACUUUGGGAGGCCGAGGUACACAGAUUGCUUGAGCCCAGGAGUUUGAGACCAGUGUGGGUAACAUGGUGAAACCGUGUCUCUACCAAAAAGAUAAAAAUUAGCUGGAUGUGGUGACGUGCACCUGUAAUCCCAGCUACUUGAGAGGCCGAGGCAGGAGGAUUGCUUGAACCCAGGAGGUGGAGGUUGCAUUGAGCCAAGGUUGCAUCACUGCACUCCAGCCUGGGUGACAGAGCAAGAUUCUGUCUUUGAAGAAAAAAGAAAAAGACAAAAAUUAGGUUGGUGUGUUGGUAUGCCUGUAGUCCCAGCUACUUGGGAGGCUGAGGUAGGAGGAUCAUUUGGGUCUGGGGAGGGUUUGCAGUGACCAGAGAUUGCUCUACUGCACUCCAGCCUGAACUCUGAGCAAGACCCCUCUCAAAAAUAAUAAUAAAUUUAAAAAUAUAUAUUUAUUUAGGAUCUCAAAGUUCACUGAUCACACCAGCAAUCAAUAAUGGGACAGUAAUCUCAUUUUUUGGAGAAAUAUUAUUUCUAAGCCUGUUGUUAAAUCUUUGUGUUAAUAAUUGUCAUCUUACCUAUUUGAAAAUUUAACUUCUUUUUUUGAGAUGGAGGGAGUCUUGCUCUGUUGCCCAGGCUGGAGUGCAAUGAUAUAAUCUCGGCUCACCACAACUUCUGCCUCCCAGGUUCAAGCAAUUCACCUGCCUCAGCCUCCCAAGUAGCUGGGACUAUGGGCAUGUACCACCAUGCCUGGCUAAUUUUUAUAUUUUUAGUAGUGACAGGGUUUCACUAUAUUGGCCAGGCUGGUCUCAAACUCCUAACCUCGUGAUCCACCCGGCUUGGCCUCCCAAACUGCUGGGAUUACAGGCCUAAGCCACCGCACCUGGCCAGAAAAUUUAACUUUUCAGAAAACUUUAUGAUAUUAGCAGCAAUUGAAUCUAUUUGGUCAAAAGCUGAGGAGACCAAACCAUUCAAAAUUUAAAUUCUUAAAGAAUUUUGACCAAAUAGACUCAAUUGCUGCUAAUAUCAUAAAUGUUUAUGGGAUUACAGACCAGGUGCAGUGGCUCAUGCUUGUAAUACCAGUACUUUGGGAGGCUGAGGUAGGGAGGAUUGCUUGAGGCCAGGAGUUUGAGACUACCCUGGACAAUAUAGUGAGAUGCUGUAUCUAAAAAUAAAAAAGAAAUUAAAAAAUAAAGUUAGCUGGGUAUGGUUGCCUGCACCUGUAAUCAUAGCUUCUUGGGAGGCCAAGGUGGGAAGUUUGAGCCCAGGAGUUAGAGGCUGGAGAGAGCUUUGAUUCCACCACUGUACUUCAGCCUGGGUGACAGAGCAAGACCCUGUCUCUAAAAAAUAAAUCACAAAUUUUAAAAAGCUAGGCACCAUGGCUGACUCCUGUAAUCCCAGCACUUUGGGAGGCUAAGGCAGGCAAAUUGCUUGAGCUCAGGAGUUCCAGACCAUCCUUGGCAAUGUGAUGAAACCCCAGCUCUACUAAAAAAAUAACAAAAAAUUAGCUGGGUAUGGUGGUGCCUGCCUGUAGUCCCAGCUACUGUGGAGAUUGAAGUGGGAGAAUCACCUGAGCUUGGGAAGUCAAGGCUACAGUAAGCUGUUUUCACACCACUGCACUCCAGCCUGGGCAACAGGAGUGAGACCCUGUCUCAGAAAAAGAGGUAAUUAAUUUUUAAAAAGAUAAUUAAUUAUGGGUCUAUUUGUCCAGAUUAUACACAGCAGAGAACAAAGUAGAGUCAAUUAUCUACUGUUGUGUAACCAACCAUCCCAGAAUUUUAGUGACUUAAAAAUAAUGGCUUAUUAUUUCCUAUGGCUCUGUGGGCUUGGCUAUGCUUAGCUGGGCAGUUCUGCUCUGUGUGGUGUCUCCUGGGUUUCCAUGUAGCUCAUCCCACUGGGAAUUCAGCUGGGGCCGAACACCCAAGAGGGCCUCACUCAUGGGUUGAAACUGUGGCACAGUUGACUGAAUCUGUCUCCAGCCAUGGUGGGAUCUGAGGAGUAAAAAUGGAAGCAGCAGGUUUCUUGAGGGCAAGGCUCAGAACUGGCACAGCAGCAUUUCUGCUUCAUUCCACUGAUAGAGCAAAUCAUGGGCCAGCCAAUAUUCAAGGGGAAGGGAAGUAGAUUUCACUUCGUAUUGAGAGCUGCUCCCUGUAUAUACAGGGAUGGGAGAAACUAUUAGUGCCAAUUGUUUGGUAGCACUGUUAGGGACACAUGAAUAGAAAUAGAGGAUCCAGGACCCCUGAAACUAUUCAGUGUGUGUGUGUGUGUGUGUGUGUGUGUGUGUGUAUACACAGGGAAUUUGUGGUAUAUUAAGUUUCUGUGGAAUGUGCUUUACCUCUGUUCACCUAUUUCAAUUGUGACAAAGGUCAAGUCUUUUUUUAGCAAACAUCCUUCAAAAUGCUGGAAUUUUACAGUUAAAAGGAACUUUGGGAUUAGCUCAUAUAUUCUUAUCUUGCCAUUUUAUUGGGCACAAUUGGGAUCUGGAGAAUUUUUGUGAUCUGUCCACAAUUAUGCAGCUAGAUAGUAUAGGUAGUUUUGUUAUGGAGUUUGAUAUACAUGUAAGCAUCUUAUUGUCAUGUUCUCUUUAGAAACCAUUGCUCUUUCAACAUAAAGUUAAGUCAUACUUUAAUUUUUGCCAUGUUCUAAUCAAUCCGUUGUUCAUAGCCGUAACUGAUUUGUAUACCUAGUUACUAAAAGACACAACAUUCUAUACAAUCAGCAUUUUUACAUGUUAACACUACUGAAAGUUGCCUAUUUUGUUACUGCUACAUACUUAGCAUCUAGAGCAGUGGUAGAUUUGUUUGAGUUGUAGUUGUAAAAGGUAUUAUUUCUGGCUGUGGUAAGUAUAUUCUAGGGACUAUAUUAAUUAAAAUUGUUGUUUAGUAAUGGCCAUGUGACCUCUAACUCCCAUCCCACACUUUCCUAUUUGAGGGGCUGAUAUACCUAAAUCUGACAGAUAAUCAUUAUGGAAAUCAGUUUUUCAAAAAUGAAUUAUUUCAUCCUGAGGAUAAAUUUCAAGAAAUAAAAUUAUUAAAUCAGGGUACAAAAAAUGUAAUAACUUUUGAUACUAAUAAAUAUCACCCCUGAAUAUUUUUGGUUUAUACAUGACCGAGAAUAGUUUCACUAGCUCACUUAUCUUUCUAAUUAUUGAUUUUAUUUUGGUGCGAACAGUAGUUAUAAAGUGCUCUUUAUCAAUGUUUCUUUUUUUGUUUGUUUGUUUGUUUGUUUGAGAUGGAGACUUGCCCUGUUGCCAGUGCUGUAGUGCAGUGGCAUGAUCUCAGCUCACUGCAACCUCUACCUCCUAGGUUCAAGCGAUUCUCCUGCCUGAGCCUCCCAAGUAGCCAGGGCUGUAUUGGUGUAUGCUGCCACGCCCAGCUAAUUUUUAAAAUUUUUUUUGUAUUUUUAGUAGAGAUGGGGUUUCCUCACAUUGUCCAGGCUGAAGGCCAGGUGUCCUGGCUCAUGCCUGUAAUCUUAGCAUUUUAGGAGGCUGAGGCGGGAGGAUGGCUUGAGCUCUGGAGUUGGAGACCAGCCUGGGUAACAGUGAGAACCCAUCUCUACAAAAAACUUUUUAAAAAAAAUCAGCCAAGCAUUCUGGCUCCCACCUACAGGAGGCUGAAAUGAGAGGAUUGCUGAAGCCCAGCAGGGCCAGACUGCAGUGAUCCGUGAUUGAGCCACUGCACUCCAGCCUGGGCGACAAAGCAAGACCCUGUCAAAAAAAACCUGCUCACUUCUGUGGCGCAACACGUAUACUAAAACUGGAACAAUAAGGAGAUUACCAUAGCCCUUAAAAAUAUAUAAAACAAAAACAAAACAUUAUGCCAAAUUUCUUCUUCAUUCAUUUCCCAUAAGUUACUUUUAAAAAGUUGUAUGUUUAUGCCUGUGUGCGAGGAGCAGGUGUCCUCUGUGCACGUUUCUGGUGUACCAAGGUGCAGCACCACCAGCUACCGGAGGAGGUCGCUGCAGGGGCUAGAGCUGCUGCUGCAUCCAUUCGAGGUGACAACUCAUUUUCUUCUUGCACGCAGACAUUUAAACUCCAAAGGCCACUUCUUCCAUUGGUCCUCCACUUGUUUUCCAGCCACAGUUGGCUCGCAUGCAGCGCGUGCUGCAUCUGCCCAAGGUCGUCAGGGCCAUGCCUUGCGUGGACAGUGUUGAGGAGGGGCCCCAGUUCUCCGUGAACAAGAUUGCCAGGGCUCCAACCCCGUGUGGACAAGGUAGUGGACAAGGUUACUAGGACCCCCGCCCUGCAUGCACAAGGUCUCUAGGACCCCUGUCUCAUGUGGACAAGGUUGUGGAAAAAGUCGCCAAGGCCCCCACCCCGCGCAUGUGCACGAGGUCGCUGUGGCCCCCACCCCACGUGGACGAGGUUACUGCGUGGACAAGCUUAUGGUGCUCUGCCCCACCAGCCAAGGUUGUCGGCCCCGCCCUGCCUUGUCCAGUGAGGACAGGGUCAUGGGGACCCGCCUGCCCAACAUCGCUGGACAUGGGAGGGGCACACAGCAGUGGGGCCUCUAGAGGAGCUCUGGGCCCAGAGGGGCUUCAUUCUUCCAGGCGCCUUUCCGUGGGGGUGGGGUUGAAACACUCUGGAAAUCCCAGCUCCUCUGCUCCUAUGUCCUGGUCAAAAAAUCUAGGGAUUUGGGUUGGGGGUUUUUUGAAGACCAGCCCACAUGCAAUCCUCCAAGGAAGCUUAGGAUCUUGCCAGAGAUGAGGCAGCCUUCUCUCCCAGCCAACUCUUCCUCUUCUCCGCCUCAUCCCCUCCUUCCCUCCUUCCCUCCUUCCUUCCUUCCUUCCUUCCUUCCUCCCUCCCUCCCUCCCUCUCUCCCUCCCUCCCUUCUUUUGAGACAGGCUCUCUUGCUCUGUCCCCUAGGCUGGAGUACAGUGGCAUGAUCUCAGCUCACUUCAGCCUCUGCCUCCCAGGUUCAAGUGUUUCUCCUGCCUCAGUCUCCUGAGAAACUAGAACUACAGGCACCCACCACCAUGCCCAGCUAAUUUUCUUACUUUUUACAGAGAUUGCGGGGGGGGGGGUCUUGCCCAGGCUGGUCUUGAACUCCUGACCUCAAGCAAUCCUGCCUCCGCCUCCCCAAAGCACUAGGAUUACAAGCAUGAGCUACGACUGAAGUGAAAGUUACCUGAGGAAGCCUGAGAGACAGGCAGACACAGACAGACAGAAGGCCACGAAGACACGACAGGGCCAGAGCACUUCAUUUCUGCUUUUUUAGCCAAACCUCAUAGCUGGAAUGUUAAAACUUUAGGAUAUGGUUUUGCUAAGGCUUGAAAAAUGUUUCCUUACCAGGAAGGGCUGAGGGGAAGGAUCUUCAUAGGAAAUUCCUUCCCUCAUACAUAAUAAUUGUCACUGCAUUUAAAUUACUUGCAUUCACAGGGCAAUGCACGUGAAAUACUUCUGCUGCUUAGGCAUUGUGAGUCCAGCUCCUACCUUGCUAAGAGCUAGUGGUAGAUUGAAGGAAUGUCUUCUGGUUCCCACCCAUCCUUGUAGGCCCUAUACCCACUAGAGGGGGACCACGCCAGGAGAGUAGAGCGUGUGUCAGGAGCCCAUGCUGGUCUGCCUGGCUGGAGCACUGGGUGAGGCCAGCUUCCCCAAGGGACAGCAGAGGAGAUCAUAAUGGUGUACCUGCAACAGAGGCCUGGACCAUCCAAUGGGGAGCCUUGGAGCUGGGAUGCGGUCCUUGAAAUUGAGAGGAACUGCCUCGAGAUCCUGGCAGAGCCUGAGGUGCCCGACACCUCAGCCACCUCGACGUUUUGUUACGUGGCUCUUUUGCAGUCCUUUCUAUAUCAGACAGCAUGUGGGCAAACCUCACAUUUCCAGGCUUCAUAGUGUUAGAUUCAGUUGUAAGUGAAUACCAAUUUGUUGACAAAAUGUAAGAGGAGAAAUAUUUGGGAAAGAUACCUAAGGUACAGAUGUUCAAAACUGCUUUAUUAAUAUGUAAUUCACACACCUGAAGUGGAGUUUUACAAGAGUUGUCAGUAGCAGCAGGAAACCAGUGAAGUUUGAAAUCUCGGUUUAUCUUGCCCUUUUUUAUCCCUCCCCAGUCUCUCUGUUUUAGCCAUGAGGCAGAAAACUUGUUGAGGAGCUCUGCUUUAAUGGAGUGGAAAGAAUUCCUUCUGUCUGGUCCAGGUCCACCACCCCAAGCUGAGGACAGCCCACUGCAGUGCAUGUGACUGCUGUCCAGAAGAGAUGAGGCUGCCAGGCCCCCAGGGUAUCCUUGAUGCAGUAGUAUUUAGCCCUACUAGCUUCUAUUCUGCAGCAAGUCUGACAAAAGAAUUUUUCAUUUAAUGUAUAUGAAUCUGCAAGAACAGCCCACAGGGUAGCAGAUAAGGGCUCCGGGUAAGAGCCCAUCAGACUCUUAUUUUGUAACCAUUGUGGCUCCCCAAACUGUGAGUCAUAGAGUUUAUGCCAUGUUAGGUUUUGCUGAAUUUGAUGUGGAUUGUGAAUAAUAAUAUCAGUUCUCCCUUCAAAGUAUCCCAAAUCUUCUACCAGGCCAGGUGCAGUGGCUCACACCUAUAAUCCCAGCAGCUUGGGAGGCUGAGGCAGGUGGAUCACCUGAGAUCAGGAAUUCGGACCAGGCUGGCCAACAUGGCAAAACCCUGUCUCUACUAAAAAUACAAAAUUUAGCCAGGUACGGUGGUGCAUGCCCAUAAUCCCAGCUAUUCAGCAAGCUGAGGCAGGAGAAUUGCUUGAACCUGGGAGAAGAGGGUUUCAGUGAGCCAAGAUCAUGACGUUGUACUCUAGCCUGGAGGACAGAAUGAGACUCUGUCUCAGAAAAAACAAAAACAAAAAAAAAGAAUCUUCUACUACUCUAAUGUAGGUAGAAAAAAAAUUCUUCUGGACGAUGUGAGAUGUGAAAGAAAUCUCAAAAUUGAGAUGCUUACAAGGUUGGCAGGACUGAGAGUACAGGUGAGUUAGACGCAGGAGAUGGGGUUUUGCACACAUUGAGCAUCUUACUAUUGCAGCAGGUGGCAUGGAGUGGUCACUAAUGAAGCAAGUGUUGAACGUCACAGGUAUCUUCUGCCAAAUCUGGUGCUAAUAUGAUGGCUUCAACUCCAGCCUUGAUAACUGUCUAUAAGAGAAGGCUCCAUUUAUGGUAAACAAGUUCAAUGGAUUAGCAUCUUUUUUUUCUAUGAGACAUUAAACAAUCCUAAAUUAAACUUUCUUGAGUGUUUUAGGAGAAAAAUUUAGUGUGUGUAGGAUUUUCUUGUUGUAUGUGGCUAGGUGACACAAAGUCAUCAAAGUCUUGUUAGCCUAUCACAUGACUCUGUAAAUAAUUAGUAAUUGGUAAAUAGGGCAUGACACACAAGUUCAAAGGCAUUAAGAUUUUGUGAGCUUCUGUAGAAGAGGCUCUCCUGAAGAAUGGCACAUGUGCAAACUAGAUAAAGGAGUAAAAGUUGGAAGUUGCUGCUGCUGUUAAUGUUGAUUUGAAAUUCCCUUUAUCCUGUGCCUCGGUGCAUCUCUGCUGGGUGCUUUAGCUCCGUCUUCCACACACCAGGACAGCCUGCCCAGUGGAACAGGCAGUGUCUUCUCACUCCCUGCUUGUAGCUCUGUCCUCAUUUCCUGUAUCCUAUGUCAGUCUAAUUUAGUCACUCACUCAUUCAUUGAACAAAUACCUGCGAUCACUUUCUACACACUAGAUACCAGAACACAUACCUGAGCUGUCCUUGCCUUCAGUUGACUUGCAGCUUCAUCCUUGCUUUGGGGCAGGGCUGCCCAGCCUUUCCACAUCUUGGCAUAGACGUGGCUGAUGUUUACACAGCACCCUGAGGUAAGCUGCACGAGAUUGGAGGUGUCUGUUGAGGCUUGGUGAAAAGAACUCACUACACUUCUUUCUAUAAUUAUUAUAAGAAGAAUACACAGUAAAACCUUAGAGUCAUAAAUGUCAAACAUGCACAAAAUCUACAAUUACAGUUUUUAUGUUUUUUCCCAGAAACACAUAAGAUACCUUUGGGAACUGUAACAGCUAACCCUUAGAUCAUGCUGAUGCCGAAACGUGACAUUAUCUCCUUUAGUCCCAAGAGCAACCUGUUAGCCUUAUUUCCCAGAUGAGGAAACAGGCACUCAGGGUAGGGAAACCACUUGCUGAAGGUACCACAGCUGCUAAGUGGAAGAGGGGAGGGGUGAACCCAGGCGCAUGGCCUCCAUCUCUGCUCCCUGGACCACUGUGCCAACCUGCCAUCUUUUGGAAUAGCCACCUACAGUUCUAGAUAAAGACUCUUAAAAGGCAAUCUUUAUACAUUCUUUUUUUAAAAAAAAUUUUUAUUUUUUAUUUUUUUUCUUUUUUGAGACACAGUCUUACUUUGUUGCCCAGCCUGCCCUACUUCCUGGGCUCAAGCAAUCCUCCUGCCUCAGCCUCUUGAGUAGCUGGGAGUACAGGCAUGCACCACCAACACCCAGCUAUUUUUUUGUAGAGAUGGGGUCUCGCUGUGUUGCCCAGGUUGGUUUCAAACUCCUGGGCUCAAGUAGUCUUCCCACCUCAAUCUCCCAAAGUGCUGGGAUUACAGGCAUGACCACCACAUCCAGCUUGGUCUCCACACACUCUUAGAAACGAAGUGGCCAAGCUCCUAGGCUGGCUUCAGCUGCACAUCCUUGACACACUCCUCCCGCCUCCUGGCUCUGACCUCUUGCCAUUCCCCAGACUCUGUGCUUCACUCUGUGAUUCUGCAUGUACUUUGAGCCCAGAGGUCAUGUAUUUCUGAUGGAUUUAGAAGUGGGUUCCCAUUUCCUUCAGCAUUUAAAUCAUAGCUCUAUGUAUAUGUAUAGUAGCAUCUUCUGAGAGUUAAUGUAUUUCUUGUUAAAGAAGCAUUGAUGGACAGAUAACAAGGGCAAGCGUCAGUCAACAUGGGUUAUUUGAAGGGUUUAUUUAUAAACAAGCUGGCUCAUGAGUGCGGUUCACUUUUAUGACUUGAAACUCCCCUCUGAACAUGAGUCUUCACUUGUGGUCUCCUUGCAGAGUUUUCUUACUUGAGUUCCUAGAUUUGAAGCACAAUAAACAUGCACAUCUUGAGUAGUGGGUGCUUUGUAAACAGGGAGAGAGUUUGAGAACAUCCACAUCGACCUAGCCUGUCCUGGAGGUGUCCCUUCCUUGGCAGUCAGCAGGUACUGGGUUAACAAGCACAGGCUGGUGAUUCACCCUGCAGGAGACAGAGCGUUUGUCACGUUUCAGACAAAGCAAUUGAACGGUUAGUGCUGAUGGAAAGGCUUGCGGUUAGAGUUGGCCCCAAUUGGCACAUUUUUUUAAUGGUCGCCAAAAGCUCCAGGGUGAUCCCACAAAGAUGUGGUCUUAUAUCGUAUCUUCCUCUAAGCUGUUGAGUCUUUGCAGACGUGAUCUCAUCACAUAGCACAGCUGUGAAGUAGGCUGUGGGAGUCUUAUCUCCCAUCCCAGGUGAGGCCAGGAAGCAUUUCCCUUCUGAACCACUGCUGUCUGCUCUCUGCGGCUCUUCAAGGUUGUAAACAUUCGCCCUUUCUGGCAGUCCCAGUGCCACUUCAACAAACAGCUCUGUUCUUAUUACCACUUUCUAGUCCGUCACUUCAUGUCCUUCCACUGUGACGUGGCCUGCCCAUGUGGCAGCACCUCCCCAGGCCUUCCACCUUGUGUUCCUCUGCAGCCCCUUCCCUGUCCCUGCCAUCUUGCCCUGCCCACGCCCUCAUCGCUAAGAACACAGGCACAGGUUACAGCCAGCGUUUUCUAUCCUGCCACUCUGCUGUCAUAUGGCCAGGACUGGAAAGCUUGAUUUACUAUUAGUCCAUCACAUGUGGAUAGUAAGUGCUUAAUUUGUUCUAGGCACUGUGGUAAGUGGGCAGAUGCAGGCAUGAGUAACAUGGUUUUCUGGUCCUUCUCGUCCUAAGGGAACCACAGACACACAGCUGAGUGUGAUUCGGGUCAUGGGCACCACAAUGCCCCAUCCAGAGGAAGGGAACACUGUGCUGUGUCUCUCUGUGCAGAAUGGCUCUAGGACCAGGGCCAGGCUUCAUGCUGCAGAGCAGCCCUGCACCGCCUCCCCCACUAGAAAGACUCCCUGGGUCUUUCUACAUCUCCACCUCUUUCUUGGGUGCUCUCUGGGUAACUGUGGGCUCCUUUCCAGGGCUCCCCAUUGUGCAUUUUGUUUCCUCCUGCCAAAGCCCUUUUUGUGGCCUUUGCCUGCUUCGCCCUUGUCCCAGAGCCAGCCUCAAUGGUGUUCUUUUCUCUCUGCUCACCCUCCCUGUUUGCCUAUGGCUCUUUCCGUCCUGAAAGAUGAAGGGGGCGUCAUUGUCAGAGCCUCACAGUCCCACCCCCCUGGGCUGUAUCUCUUCUGCACCCUCCUGCCUGUUCUGUCUCCCCCACCUGAGUGCCUCCAGCUCUGCACCCAAAACUGUCCCCAGCCUGACCUGCUGACGUGUGUGUCCCUGUUUAAAAGCUUCCUUGACUGCCUGCAGAUGGAACAAAACCCCGGAGAGCCUGGCCCCCAUCUUGUGCAUCCCUCUCCACAUCUCCAUCCAUCCUGGUGUGCUGCUGCUAUGAGCCCAUCUUUCCCCAGGCUUCUGCUCUGGCUGUCCCAUCUGCCAGGAAUGCCUUUUCUCUCCAGGGCUCAAAGUCUGGCACAGCUUAGCCAUGCCACCUUAGCCUUCCACCUCGUCCUUCGGAUGGAAGGAGGCUUUCUCCUGUGGCCCUCAUCCAUUUUACUUGCCCUCUCUGGUGGUGGCCACCAGCCUCUGUCUUGUGUUCAUCCCACAAGCAGUUUGAGGGACCUGUCCUGUGCCAGCAUGGCUCCUUGGGCUCCUGUUGUGUCUGUAUUUUCUUUCUUGUACCAGUCAGAUCUCUAAGGACCAGUCCUCUGCUGCUGUAGCCAGCACAGGGCAUUGUAAAUAGUAGGCAUGUAAUAUAUGACUCUUGGGCAGCUGCACCCUCUCCUUGGGGACAGGUUUCCUCAUCCCAAAGUUAGCCUGGGGGUGAGCUGAGGUUAAAGCCAGGUUCCCUGGCUCCCACAGUUCUUCCCCGUAAAUGUUUCUAGUUUUAGGUUCAUCCUGAACUCACCAGUCCAACCACAAAACUUUUCUAAGGAGAAGCAGAAUCGAAAUCUCUGCCUAUCAUCAAAAUUCCCAUAUGUCCUUAACAGAAGGCCAAAUAGUCUGUGGUGUGGCUUAUGCUAGGCUUUUGUCAUCAAGCACUUGCAGGACACACAGCCACCUGCACUCAUUCUGAGGGUCUCCUGCAGUGCUUCACAGGUUCUCAGCAGUGACAGAGGCAAAGUGUUGCAGCACAGACUGGGGACGGGAGUCCCUGGCAGCUUUGCUUUAGGAUGACGUGUACUUCCCUCUCCUUUGCUUCCC